AUGAACCCGAGCAGCAGGGAUCCGUUCCUAGAGAAGAGGCGGCGGCAGGAGCAGCAGCCACCGCCGCCGCCCCCACCACCUCCACCGCCCCCGCUGCUUCAGCGCUCGCAGUCCAGACUCUCCCUGGUGGUCCUGUGGUUCCAACUGGCUCUGUGCUUUGGCCCCGCGCAGAUCACAGGCGGUGAGUGAGCGGCGAACUCAUGUGACAGGCAGAACCGGGAGGGAGGGAGCGAGCGAGGCUGGCAAGCUGCUGACGGGCAGGUUCCCCCUUCACGUAGGAGGAGACAGCCUCCGGCUAUUGAUCUCCUAUGCACAAAUGCUAAAAGGGGGGAAAUUAUCAUGCCACGGUCUUGCCCGGCUGCUUCUCAAACCAGCCAAUUCAAAAAAAGGGGAAAACCCAGCCAUCCCAGCUUGAAGGCAAAGUGGCCACCCCCCUCCCCUCAUUGCAAAUGCUCAGGGGAAUGACCUCUUAAAUGACUGCUUCCUACUGAAAUUGAGGAUUGCUUGUAAAGAGCAGAAGAAUCCGAUUCUUCCUCUAAAGAUGCUUCUGUCACCCUAGAUACAUGAAGGACCUUCUCCCACCCCGCUCAAACACAGAAGGUUCUUCUUCAGGAAAGCACAUAGUCAUCAAUCUGUUCAUGCUCUACUUCAUGCUAAAGGGAGAACCACUGUGUUCCGCCUUCCAAGAAAAAGAGACAUUAAUCAGAGGAAGUCCAAGCACCCUUGCACUCCCAAAUGUACACGAGGAAAGGCCGCACACAGAUGCUCAGUGGGGAAAAGACUUCCUCUCCGCCCUGAUAAAAAAAAAAUCCUCCUACAGUGAUAUGAGGCAUCCACUCACAUGGUUAGAAAUCCCCCUGGGAUACACCAGGCAUAUAUAAACAAUGAUCUGAACAAAUCAGUCCUUAAAUAUUGGGGAGUCUUGCACCCCCCUCUUCAGAGUAACAGGCUGAGGUAAAACAAUAGCUAUUUGGGAUCAGCAUUUGGAGGCUGAUCCGAUACAGGCAGAAACCCCACGCCCAGUGGCUAACCCCGAGUCAAGACUGGCAGUGAGGGAUUGGUAUAGCAGUGAGGCUUCUUAUGUAGCCAGAAAGGGCCAGUGAGAUGAGGCAAAGAUCUUAGUCCACCAACCCCAAGUGGCUUUUCACAGUGACCCUUCUAUGAAACUAUUAGCUGUCCAGAGUACUAACUGAGCUAAAUGCUGCUGUUAGAGCAAAUUUGCAUGUGUCAUUUUUGCAAAUCCCCUCCCCACCCCCGCUCCUCUAAAGAGAAAUUUGUCGUCUUUUCAACUUUUGGGGCCAGCACCAGAAGAAAGUCCUUGCAGUGCUUUCGGAUGAGUACUGUUCCAUUUGGGGAUAAUACUGGAAACUUUGAGAUCUUUGUUUAUUCCAUCAACUUUGAAAACUCUUUAGUUAGGAUUUAAGGUUUUGGUUAUUAUACAAACUUAUUACCACCAGUUCAAAUAGGCUCUCCAGUUAAUGCUGGACUGCAGCUUCAGCUGUCCCUGACUGUUGGCUAUGCUGGCUGGGGCUGAUGGGAGUUGGUGUCCAACAACAUCUGGGGAGCCUACACCCUUGGUUUAUGUAAAAGUGCUGUGUCCAGAUGUGGCCAUCAAAUCCCUCACAUUUACUGAAGGGAAGUCUGUAUGUGAAAUAACUGCUUGGAUUUCUCAUGUAGAGGUGGUUAAAAAUGUUUCAAGGUUAGGUGCCAAGCUGGGAAUCAAAUAGUAUGUAAUGCCUCUUGGUUUUAACUGGAGUCUGAAGGUUUUUGGUGGCCGUGAAGACGGUCAUCAUUGGUAUGCACUCAGCUUAAGUUUGUAUCUGUGGUCAGAUGUUUUGUGCUAUGCUUCUGUGUAUGUUUACUAGGUUGGAGCUGCUUAAUAGAGGAGAUCCAUGGGAAUGAUCCAGGCACAAUUCAACAUAGGAUUUAAGCUCAUUGAAACCAAUGGGUUUAUACACAUUUAACUCUGCUAACUCUGUUUAACUCUCUCUGCCUGAGAGUUUGCAGGAAACUGUAUGGGUACUUUGGCAGGAGAUCCAAGGACACAAACAAGCUGAUGUUUAAAAAAUAAAUAAAUGAGGGUGUCUCAUAUAGAAAAUAAAAACUAGAGGGAUAUACUAAUGUUUUGAAGUGCUGUGAAAUGUGUGAUAGUGUCACUCAGUUUUCUGUGGGCCAACCAAUGGCAGACAAACGAGGCAGCUCUUUCUGCAGAUAAGGCUUUCCACAAAACCUGGCAGUGCAGGCUUGUGCAUGCAAUUCCCAUAUUUUCCCCAUUUCUCAGAUUUCAGUAGGUGGGGCUACUACCUGACCUAGGCACUAUGGCAUGAUGUUAAGUGCUGUGCCAGAUGGCCAAGAUUUGAAACAGCUUUGUAACCACUGAUGUUUUUACAUAUUUUCAUCCCACUGUGGGCAUUGCUUAAUUACAAGAAAGCAUCAUUACUGCUGCCAGAUUGCAUUGUUUCUUUUGGUUUUGUUGAGGCUGCAGUCUUUCUUACCCAGGGCAUCUCUCCUGUGCUUGCAAUAUUCAAACCAGAAAAGGGAAAUGGAGUUCAUUUUUUAAAAAAACUUACCCCUAGGUUGGAAUGACUGCCUUUGCAGAUGAACCAUGGCAGCUAUCCUUCUGACCUUUGUCAGGAUUCAUGCCCUGAGAAUGAGUGAAUUUCCCUGCUAAUUUUAAUCUAAUUCUGCCACCAAAUGAAAUAGUUAUAAAUACUUCCUUAUAAAAAAGAACAUGCAAGGUUGACGUUACCCACAAUAAAAGUCCCUGGACCUAUAUGUUUGUAAAUCGGCAGGCUUUAUCCACUCUGGAGGGGCUAGUGUGCAAUUUCAUCAAGUUAUUUCAGAAGGAAUAAAAGUUAAAAAUCUUUUUUUAAAAAAUUCCAAUGGUGAAUAUGUAACAAACAGAGAUAAAUGGAGUAAAUUUGGGUAGUCCCUGAGCAGAAUCAGGCAGCCUGCAAAGCUUGAGGUUGGUUGUUUUCUCAAGUGCCAAAUUGGGAUCUGAACUGAAUCUUGUGGUCAUUGCAUCCCCCCAACAUCUGUACUAAUAUAAGUGUUCUCUAGGUCUAAUGGUAUUAAAGUGUAGGUCUAAUGGUAUUAAAGUGUACAUAAUAAAGCUAAAUGUGAAUAACUGAGCUUUUAUAGAAAUAAGCCUAGUUCAAUUCAGUUUUAUUGCUGUCAGCCACAGGCCACCAUAGAAUAGAUGGAGAAAAGUACAUAAUUAACUCAAUACGAAGUCAAUACAAUGCAAACCUUAAAAACAACUGUAGCAGACAUUUAACAGCAAGACACUAAUAUAUAUAUAUAUAUAUAUAUAUAUAUAUAUAUAUAUAUAUAUAUUCUGCCAAAGAGCAAAAUAAAAUAUCAAUAAAACAAAUACAAUCUGCACAAGAUAUUAUUCCUGCAGAGAACAGAAACAGAUUCAUUUUUUAAAAUGAAAGAAUUGUGUUGAAAGCUGACCUCUCUCUCUACUCUAAAAUGCUGAGAAUAAAGUAAGCAAUGGCAAACUGUUCCAUGUAAUAAUGAAGUGCCUGGCUGUUUUAAUGUUUCGUUCUGUAAUGGAUUCAAUUAAUGGUUGCCUGAGGACAGAAUUUAACUUCUAAACUCCUUUUAUUUUAUAUCUUCCUGCUCUGAAGGCUCUGUUGACAGCAAGGCUCUGCUGUUUUACCCCAAAUCAAUAUAACAUGCAAACGUUUUCUUUUUCUUGUCAGUAACUCUGUAAAUAAUAAUUCCGCUUCCAUAUUAUUUUUGCUCCCAAAAACACAAACCUGAAAAGGAUGCAGAAUAAAAUUAUUUCCAUAAGUAAAUCUAAAUGAAAAGCACCUAGGAAAGUUAUACAGUACAUUCUUUCCAGAUCUUUAUGUUCAGCCAGUGAUACACUAUUAAAGGUAACACAUGAUGUUUGCCUUGCUUCAGCAAUAAAUGAGGCAGUUGGUGUGUCUGUGCCUUGCUUGUGGAACUCUUUGUCCUUUAAUAUUAAGCAUGCACCAUCAGUACGGUAGUUUGUUUCAAACACCUGCUUAAGACUCUUCUGUUUACACAGAUCUUUUCUGAUGCAUUGCUCAGCAAUCAGCUAUUGUGUAUCCCUGUCUAGAUGUUGACUAAGCAUUUUUAUCCUAUUUUAUGGAUGUGUUAUGUUCACCGCUGUUAUACUUUGUUUAUUGUGCUGUAUGUAAGCCUACAUACCAGACCAGAUUCAAAGUGCUUACCCUUGUGUUUAAAGCUCUGAAUAACCAGGUUCCUAAGUAUCUGAGAGAAUGCCUUCAACCACAUAGACCUGCCUGCACCUUGAGAUCUUGGAGAAGUACAUAGCGUAGUAAGGACUCAGGGAAGGGCCUUUUUGAAGGCGACUCUGUGUUUUGUAAUUCACUCUCUGCUGACAUGUUCCUGGCCUCUUCAUUACACUGUUGUAGAAAACGAGUCAAGAUAUACCUCUUUGGGAAUUAUUAUUUUUUUUUGAGGAGGGGUGGGGUGAAAAAAUUAUAGAUUCAAUGUAAUGCUGCUGUCUUUCUUCCCUGUGUUGAGACUUAAUAUAAUUGUUUAUAUUAUAUUUCAUUGUAGGCUAUUGUAUAUUUUUCUUGAUGUAAACCAGGGUCUACUGGUGAAGGGUGUAAUACAAAACCCUUAAAUACAUGGGGGAGGGGGGAAUUAAGAAAGUGAUAUAACUUGUUACCUAUUUCUGAUAGGAAAACGAUUAAGGGAAUUUUAAUUUGUGUUUGUGGUGAGUAACAUAUUUUGUUCGGUGCAACUGUUAAUGUAUUUUGUUCUGUCUAUGAAACACUGGAGCGAUGGAACUUGCCAACUGAUGUGGGAAAGUUUAACGCUGAAGAAACUACACAGACCAUUUCUUCUAAUAAUCCUGCCAAUCUGAAAUUAUCUGCUAUCUUACUUUUCAAUGUGUUUAGAGAGCCUGUUGCCUAAUUUGUCUAUAAAUGAUUCACAUCUUCUCCUACACUCAUAAUAAAACAGCACAUUUUAUUGGGGAGGUUUGAUGGUGGUGGAUAUGUUAAUAAGUUACAUAUAAACUUGGACUUCUAAAAGAAAAGUAUAGAGCUUAUAAAACUCUGGAUUUUCAUGUUUAAGUUCCUUGUUGGACUUUGCCACCUUUGCUCAAUUAAGAACAUUGAGAAACUUAUAGUAACAGCUUCUUAAGGCAUAAAGUAGUCCAAGUUAAGCACUUUAAGAGCAUUUUCUCCCUGUUGGAAUCCUUUUCAGAGGAUGACCUAGAGCAGGCAUAGGCAAACUCGGCCCUCCAGAUGUUUUGGGACUACAACUCCCAUCAUCCCUAGCUAACAGGACCAGUGGUCAGGGAUGAUGGGAGUUGUAGUCCCAAAACAUCUGGAGGGCCGAGUUUGCCUAUGCCUGACCUAGAGCUUCCCAAAGCAUCCCUCAUCAAAGGACCGUGAGGCAGAGCAGAAGGAUUCAGGGUCUUCAGGGUCACAGUAACCUAGCCACCUCAAGACACAGAAUAUGAGGUGGAAACAGAGUGGCUACUAAGUCCUAAGGUGCACAAGCACCUAAAGCUGCAGGCUCCGUCAGUCAGAAAGCUUGCCAGAGGAAGAAGGACCUCUUGGGACUCAUGAGUUAGCUAUUCCUUAGAAGCAAACCAAAUUUGCAAGCAACAUGGAUGUCUUGCAGCUGCAUUCUGGGUGUGGCACUGAAGGCUCAUCUUUAGAAGUCUUUCAUUUAAGGCACAGAUUGCUGGAACAGCAACUUUAUACCAGAUCCUUGACCACUGGUGGAGGAAGAGGAGUGUGGGGGGGAGUGCACUGCCCCCGGCAGUGUGAUCCCGGUGGGGUGCCAUCGCUGCUGCUCCCCCGCCCGCAGUGGGCACCAUACCCCUGCAGGUGGCGUGCCACACCCCCAGGACGUGCUCCAGCCCCGCCCCCGCCUGCUCUCCACCCCCCCCCCCGGUGCUGGAGCAUGAAGCUCCACCACUGUCCUUGACUUGUAUCCCUGUUUGCUUGGGGCCCCUUUUUUGGACCUCCCCGUUUCUAGACUUUUCGGUACCUGCUGAAAACCCAUUUAUAUUCUGAGACCUUUGCUAGCAAGCAAUACCAGUUGGCUUCUGUUUGUUUUCCAUUGACCUAUUAUUAUUAUUAUUAUUAUUUAUUACUAUUUUAUUAUCUGGCUUUAUUUUUCUGUACACUGUCUUGUUGCUGCAGUGAGAGGUGAUAUAGAAAUAUCUUUAACUUUAGUUAAUAAUAAAAUGGAUCUUAGGAAACUGUUUUCUAAUACCUUGUCAAAAGGCUCAAUUCAUGCUGUUCAUGGUCCCAUGGAUUUUUCAUUGAUACACACUAUACAUGCUGCAGUUAUCCUAAUAGGCUUUAUGGGAGAGGGUUGCAUAUUUGAAUUCACAUCAACAUUAAUUACAAAAAGGUUCAUAUUCAUUUUUAAUAUGAAUUUACCCUUCAAAGAGUGCAUGAAUGGAUGCAUUUAAUUUGUAGGUAUGCAGAUAAUUUGUAAUGUUUCUGAAGCUGGUUGGUUCAUAUUGCUAACUUGUGCAAUAAGCUCUGCUGCACCUUGCGAAUAGAUUCCAUAUGUUUCCACUGGGUUGUUGUAGUGGAGGACAGAACAGUUUCGCUUUCAUGAGGUAUUCUGGGACAAAGAGCAGCCUUGUACUUUUAAAGACUUAUCUGACUUGCAACACAUAUAUUGUGCAUCAAAGUCCAUUAACAGCAUGACUGGUGUUUUUGACAAGGAGUUAGGAAGCAGCCUCCUGAAACCCAUGUCAUAUUGUCUUAUUUUAUAUGGAAUGACUUGGCAUAUUACAUGGAUAUUUCCACCCAGAAAUAGGCAUGUAUAUAAACCUUUCCCACCUGAGCACAGCAAAGACAUGCAGGUUUGCUCCUGUGACUUAAAUGUAUAAUUAGGAAAACCGAAUUAAGCUUCACACCAGAGAGAAAAUUCAGACAAAUUAAUGUGAGGUUUCUCCCACCCUCUGCAAACUCCAGCUCCAACAACUAAUUGAAUCAAGUUCUGAUCUCUGGAGUUCUGUAUGAAUACUACUUUAUUGAACCAUUAAUUUUCUUUAUGGGAAAUGGUUUAUAUGAAAUGGGUUGCACUUGUACAGGACUAGUUGUGUGAGAUGGCUCUUCAAAGUGCACCCCAGCCUCAAACAGGGUUGUUUCUAAGGUAGGAGUCGACCCACUGAAAGUAAUGUACAUAGGCUAGUCAUAUCCAUUAAUUUCGAUGUCUACUCUGAGUAGGCUGCUCUUUUUUCUUUUUUUUUUGCAAUCUUCAGUAAGCCUCUAAUUCUUAAAAAUGUUUUAUUAAUUGUACACCAAAUGGUCCCAAGGUGGAUUGCAAAAAUUCUCACAAUUAAAGCAAGUGAAUUUUGCAUAAUACUACUACUAAUAAUAAUAAUAAUAAAUCACAAAAGUAACCAAUGGCAAAGUUAACAACACAGCGGCAAUGCACAGCAAUGCAGUCCUGUAUUUAUGGAGCUUUGCCAAGUUGACCUGUUCUGUGUAUGGAAAGCUGAGAAAUGAAAUUGACAAGAUGUUCUUGUGCUCGUGGGAGACAUGUCCUGCAUUGCAGAAGGGGGUGUGGAGUUUCCAUAAUAAUAAUAAUAAUAAUAAUAAUAAUUAUUAUUAUUAUUAAUAAAGAAACCAGAAGGCCUGAAAUAACUCUGGAGUUGCUGCAAAGGAGAUAAUUCUGCUGACGCUUGCUAUUUCAGUUUAAUGAGUCUCGUGGCAAAUGUUUGUGCACUCAAGCUAAUUUAUAUUUUAAAGCCCUUAAAAAGGUAUGCCAAAUAAUGUGAGAUGGAAAGGUGGUGUGGGGUGGGGAAGAGAGAUUGUGCUACUUCUCGUGGGCACUGUCCAAGGUACCCAAUUAACUUGUGGAAAAAUUGCAGUCCACUUAAAAUUUAACAAUUGCAAAGAAAGCAGUGAGUGGGUUUCUGCCACCAGACUAUUGUGGUUUGGGUGCUGGCAUCAUGCGAUUUUCCUGCAACAAAAGUGCCAGUUUGAGGGAAAAGCACUUGCAUCUCCUGCAGCAAGUGCACUGGCUUCAGAAGAGAGAGCACAAUUUAGGUCCUCAUCUAAACUGCAUUUAUAUCCCAUCUUUUUCUUCAGGGAACUAAAGGUGGCAUACAAUGUUUUCUCCUCAUUUAAUCCCCACAACAAGUGUAGGUUAGGCUGAGAGGCAGUGACUGGCCCAAGGUCACCCAGUGAGCUUCAGGCCUAACUAAGUGAGGAAUUGAACCCUGGUCUUCCAGGCCCUACAAUAACCACUGCACCACACUGGCUAAUACAGUAGAUCAAAACAAUAUGUGUAAGGAUUUUCAAUACAGAGCCAUAGUGUGUUGUGACAGAGGACUGGUGCUUCUGCAAAGGGCCAUGAACAAUGAGACAACAAGGCAGAGUUUAGAGUACUCCUAUAUGUGGUUUGUUCAAAAAAUAAGAAUCUAGAAAGAACUGGGAAGAAUUUGGUUAAAUCUACAGAGGAGUUAAUAUACUGGGAACAUAAGAACGUAGGAAAUUGUCUUAUACUGGCCUGUCUAGCUAAGUAUUGUCUGCACUGACUGGAAGUGGCUCUUUGGGAUUUCAGACAAGGGCCUCUCCCAGCCCAACGUGGAGAUGUGCGGAGCUGAUGGUCUACCACUGUGUCACAGUCACCCUAAUAGCAGCAUAAGAAAGCUAAGAAAGGGAAAUAUGAUGUCAAAUAGGACAUAAGAAGGUGAUAGGCGCACAGGAAUCUAAAGCAGGGUAAAAGAGGAGAACAAAAUGAAAGCAUCAGCAUGCUUAAUUUGUCAUGGAUAACUACUUGGAAAGUUGGGAAUAAGGAAACAGGGAGAGAGGGGAGAUCAGAGUUGGAAUAGCUUUCUGAAAAUGAAUGGAGUAGAGGGAGACACUCCCCCAGGUUUCUCCUGGGAACCAGGAGGUUUCCUUUUUGCACUGGAGAGACCAGGGUUACAUGGGCUGCGCUUUUAUAUUCAUCAUGCUAUUCAAUGUGUACUUGUGCUCCCCUACCCAUUGUGACUAGUCCUGUGCUAGCUUACCCUUCCAGACAAAAUGGAAGCUUUUUGAGGAAAGGUGGCUCUAACAAUGGCCGGGAAUGGUGCUUCCUUAGCAACAAUGGGGUAUGCAUUUUCUCUCCCCCCACCCCCACUAAAAUUAUUGUCUGGAAUGGCAAUCAUUGAUACACAGUUGGCCAGUGCAGACAAAAAGCUUUGUGCAUGUGUUGAUUUCAAGUCUUAUUGCCCAGCUGGUGCUGACACACUCAUCGUUGUACUAUUUUGCAUGUCAGUACACAACUGCACUCGGAGGUGGCAUGGCUCCUGUCCAGUGUGCUGGCCAGGGGCUAGGUAAAGGUAAAAGGUACCCGUGCCUGUACGGGCCAGUCGUGACCGACUCUAGGGUUGCGCGCUCAUCUCGCUCAAGAGGCCGGGAGCCGUCGCUGUCCGAAGACACUGGCCAGCGUGACGAAGCUGCAACUGGCGAGCCAGCACCAGUGCCGCACACGGAAACACUGUUUACCUUCCCGCUAGAUAGCGGUAUCUAUUUAUCUACUUGCACUUAGGGGUGCUUUCGAACUGCUAGGUGGGCAGGAGCUGGGACCGAACGACGGGAGCUCACCCUGCCGCGGGGAUUCGAACCGCCGACCUUACGAUCAGCAAGUCCUAGGCACUGAGGUUUUACCCACAGCGCCACCCGCGUCCCUGGCCAGGGGCUACUGCCCAUAAAUUGCUAGGAACCAGUGGAUGACAAACUGUGAGAACAGCAAUUGGCACCAUUGGGUUUGGCCUGGGUGAUGUUGACAGUUUGAUGAUUGGGGUUUGUAGUGGAGCUAAAUCCACCAGUUAAUGAAACGAGGCAUUAACUCAGAAUAAAGAAGUAGGAUCACACUAUUUUGUCUACUUAUUGGCAUGCAGCGUAUGAAGCAAUGUGUUAGAUGCCAAUAUAAAACAUUCUCGUAACACUAAUAAUUAGUAUUCAAGCAGCAUAAGUACUUAUGAAAGAGACAGACAUUUUUCUCUGCAUCACAUCACACAAACAAUGCUGCAAUAUUUUAAGACCCUGUGUGCACAAUGUAAAACUGAAAAGACUCAGCCCACUCCAAAAGACAAAUAAAUAAUGUAGUAAUUAGGGGUGUUUUGGUUGGGUUUUUUUUGCUAGCAUAGCUUGAAAUUCUAAGUGCCCUUUACGAACAGCAUAAUUGGGACUAAUUUGCUUAUUAACCUUAACCACAACAACCUGGGAACCAAAUGACAAGGGAGGCAAAAGAAUGGCUUAUCAUUGUAGGCGAAAUGUGCAUGUGGGUGAAGUCUACACAGUCACUUCCGCUCUUCUUGUUCUGUGGGCAGUGUUGCACUAUAUAAGGUAAUUUAGCGGAAGAAACUUCUUUGCAGAUGACUAAAAACACCCGCUUAUUGGGCAUGUGGGGACAGGGAAAGGUAUGCCAAAUGGCACUUAAUCGUAGGGAAAGGUCUGGCUAAAAAGAAACUCCAAAAGGAGAAAUGGAAGCAGUCUGUUGAGAGACACCCCUCUUUAUGCUGGGCUUGAAGCAACUUGCAAAAAUGUUUGAACCUGAAGUCCAUUAUGGUCUCUUCAAGUGGCAUCUCAAGUGUGGUGCCUGUGGACACCCUUCCCAAAUUUUUACCAUUGUUUAAACUGAGGGUUGUUGUUGUUGUUUUGCAAAGGGUGGUUAUUUGGAGGAAAUGUCCUAUUUUUGUGGGGAGAGUGUUUCUGCUUCUUUGUGUUUUAUUUGCAGUGUCUAUAUGUAUUCUGCCUGUUUGCUGGAGGGUUCUGGACAUCACACUUUUUAAAUUAUUCUGUGAAAUGUGUAUUUUGUGGUGCCCACAACAGUUUCUUCAGUUUCAAAAUGUGCCCCUAGGCCCCAAAACACUGGGGACCUUGGAUCCCCACUCCGUAUGUGGGACAAAAAGAGGUUGACUGAAAGGAGAAGGAGGUGAAUACUGAUGAUACAGAAAGACUUGGGGGUAAGAUAGACGUGAGCUGGAACUGGAAGUACAGUAAGCAAUAGGGAAACUGGCAACACAGGAGGGCAAGUGGAUGCAAAAUAACUACCUAUUACCCUCCACUGCUCUGUUUUGGCUUGCAUUAGAACUCCAGUGUGGAUUCUCUCUCGUCUUCUGGCUGCAAAAGGAAAAAACAAGGAAGAUUGCAUGAGCAGGAGGCCCAGGGGUUCACUGUGUUUUUGAUCUAGGGUGUGGAGGAUCAUCUAUAGCUGUUGCUGGUAUUUGUGUGCACUCUCUCUUAAAUGAGGAUCAGUAAAGGCACAAGCAGAUAGGUGGCAGUAGAAGAACAGGUGAGCUAAUGAGUCUUGCAAUGUGAUUUCCAAGAGCUAUGGGUAGAUUCCUUGCCCCAGGAGAGCAUAGUCAUGCCUUCUAGCUCACGACUGAUGAACAUCAUAGGGAGUUGACCUUGUUUUCAAGCAUGUUUUCUGUGGUGACCUGAUAUUUGGGCUUGGGCAACGUGGUGUCCUUCAGAUGUUGCUGGACUACAACUCCCAUCCAUCAACCCAUGAGCAUGACCAGUUGGAGUUGGAAGUCCAACAACAUUUGGAGGGUGCCAUGACAGCUUUCCCCGUGUUACACGGUGUGGGAUAAUCCAGUUGUGGAUACAUUGGGGUGGUUUUCUUCUUCCUUGAUUUGGUUCAGCCAUUGACUGAAGAGGUUAAUUAAUCCAUCUAUGAACAUGUUGGAGACUGUAAUGGAUGAUGUAUUUCAACAGCUGCUAGUCACAGUGACUGUAUGAGCUCCCCAGGUUCAGAAGCAGCAUGCGGCUGAAUAGCAGUUGAUGAGAAAUGAGAGUUGGGAUGGCUAUUGCUAUCUUAUUCUGCUCUUGUGUUUCACAGAGGCAUCUGGUUAGCUACAGGGAAAAAAUGGAUGCAGGGCUGGAAGAUCCAGCAGGGCUGUAGUUAUGCUCUUAAUGAAUUGGCCAAUUUUUCAAGGACAGCUAGUCUUGUAAAUGGGGUCAAAGUUGGCAUUUUAGCUUGAGUCUGAAUGGAUUUGAAAAGCAAACCUCCCCCUCCCCACUUCAGUCUUGUUGAAAUUCCUGCAGUUCCUUUGCAGUAGGCCAGGACUCACCUGUGAGUUACUGAAGCAUCAUGGCUGCUCUGCUGCCAGAAGUUUGUGUCAUCCCAGCACUUUGAAUCAUAUGCAAAAGACUGAGAAGCUCAGAACUUAUUAUUGGCAGCCCAGUUGGGUUCUCCUCACCCCCUGCUGUGGGAGUGCAUAUGAAUAAAAUUAUAUUCUAAUUUAUUAUCACAUUACAAGAGACACUUUAAAUAAUUUCCUUGAUGCUUUCAAUAGCAGGUAUGCAUGGCAGCACACUCUAGUGUAUAGAAUCUUCCGCAUAUACAGCCUUUUGGAGAAAACAUUGCAUAUAAAGUGGUUGUCUUAAGGGAGGCCCAGCAAAUUUAACUAGAUUUUUAUUUAAUUUUUUAUGAUCAUUCAAAUACCAAUAGAUAAGGAGGUCCCCCCACUUGUUGUUAUCCUGUCUACUGCCACCACAAGCUUUCAACUAAACUGGCAAUCAACUUACAUAGCAGGAGAUAAAAAGAGAGGUGAGAAGUGCUACAGACAUACAGGAAUCUGCAUGUCAAGUAGCCCCAGGAACUGUGACCAAAUAUUGUUAAAAUCUACUCUUAAUACAAGGGACGCGGGUGGCGCUGUGGGUAAAACCUCAGUGCCUAGGACUUGCCGAUCGUAUGGUUGGCGGUUCGAAUCCCCGCGGCGGGGUGAGCUCCCGUCGUUCGGUCCCAGCUCCUGCCCACCUAGCAGUUCAAAAGCACUCUUAAGUGCAAGUAGAUAAAUAGGUACCGCUUUCUAGCGGGAAGGUAAACGGCGUUUCCGUGUGCUGCGCUGGUGCUGGCUCGCCAGCUGCAGCUUCAUCACGCUGGCCACGUGACCCGGAAGUGUCUUCGGACAGUGCCGGCUCACGGCCUCUAGAGCGAGAUGAGCACGCAACCCUAGAGUCGGACACGACUGGCCCAUACGGGCAGGGGUAUCUUUACCUUUACCUACUCUUAAUACACCUGUUAAAUGCUACCCACUCUUGGCAGUCAAGUUAAUAUAAGAAUAAAUCUUGGCAUGCGGGAUAUUUUCAUUCCUUCAUAAACAUAACAAAAAUUGAGGGUUAUUCCCCAAACAACAUGCAAAAUAAACAACUAACUGUGUUGUACCUCCAAGCUGAAAAAGCAGUACCAAGAUCAACAAGUUUGCCUUUUGGAUGUGAAUUUAAAGUAAUAUGCCAAGACAGUACUGUAUAAGGGAAGGAGGGGAGAGACGUCUGCUUAAAGGUGUUCUAAAUGUACAGAGUUUUCUUUUCCUUUUGGCAAUGAGAGAGAUUUUUCAGGGUCAUCAUUUUCUAAAGGCUUUAUUUGUAUUUCAGACAAGACUAAAAUUAUAAUACUAACGCAGCCAAGCUUUUGGGUUUUACUCCAUCUAAAUAUAUAAUGCUUUUUUUAAAAAGUAGGGCAGAUUAAAUGAUGUAUUCCAGUCAUCUGGUUCCUGUUCUUACUGAUUGUUUAUAGUUCACAGGGCAGUGGUGGCAGCAAUGCCCUGUGUCUAAAUUCUGACAUGUUUUCUGAGCAAGAGUUUUGAUACCUUUAAUCUGGGCUUGAAAUGCUCCUGGUCAUUUCAUGCCGAGCCACAUACUUAAUGGACGUAGAUACUUAAUGAUAGAACCAUGACGAAAUAACAGUAAAAAGAAAUAGCAUCUUUUUUGUGUUUGCUUAUAAACGUUCUAUAUGCAUGCUCUCCCCCCUGCAAAAAAAUUGAAAACAGCAGAAGAGAUUUGGAACAAAAGAAGGCUAAUAAAUUGCACACACUUUUAAAGGGCAGAGUCGUGUCUUAUUUCCUCCAAAGCUUGGCUUGUUAUCCAGCUUCUCUGAACUUGUGUAGUUUCAUCUGGAGUGGAGUGGCCAAACAAAUCACAGUUAAAUAUGGCAUGUCUGGGUGCAGACAUGGUGCCAAAACAAGCCAUGGGUCUUAGGCCAACAACAAACAUGGCUUCACUUCAUAGUUAGUUAUUGGAAAACAAACCAUGAUUGGUCUUCAGGGCUGGGUUUGAACAUCCAAGCAAGCCACACUUAUGAUUUAGUGCUAUAUGUGAACCAGGCCAAUGUUUCUUUCUGUUAACCAUUUUUUAUGUUGUCUGUGUGUCCAUUUAUCCACUUGUGUACAGACUAGUCUAUCCUGACAUAUUGGGAACCACCCCAGAAUCGUCAUUAUGUAAGGCAGCCUAUUUGACCCACAGAAAUGGUAUUAUGGCAUUGCUGGCAGAUUGUGGCUUGUUAUCACUCUAGAAAAUGUGUGUGAAGCUUCUGAAGGUGUUGUCCCAGUAGAUAUGGGGGACAGGUGUGGUUUGCCCAGUGAGGCAGAGCCACAAAGAAAGCAUCCUUUCAGGUAUGCCACUGUGCUUACCAGGAUGGGAAGGAACAAUGUGGUGGGAAGGUUGGCAUAGUGUGAGUACAGCAGCAAGAGUACCGAUUGACUCAGCCACUGCGUCAUGCCAACCACUCCCUCACCUCUCUCCCUCCUGGUAGGCACCAAACAAGACACUUCUGAUGGAGACAGAAUUGGCACCAUAGAUGGUUGUUGUGGUUAUUUAAUUGGGUCUGUAUUGUGAUCGUAGAAGUCUGUAUACAUUGGGUGUCGGGCUAGAGACCUCUGUUUUAGAAAGUAGUGGGCAAAACAAUAAAUAAGAGAACUUGUAGAGGAUGAGGACUGGGGAAAGUGCAAUGUGUGAACUAGAAACUUCACUUUUAAGAGAGCAAGUGCUGGUAUUAGGACAUUUCAUUGAAUGCUUUCCUUCUGUCUGUCUCAACUUAACUCAGCCUUGUAAUGGCUGAUAACCUAAAUCAGUGCUGACCUUGGCAUUUGAAGACGACAGCAACCUAUUCUUGACAGUUUCUCCUGCAGAAACUGUUUGGCAUUCUUUCAACAUUGACUCUGGCAAUCUUAUUUUCAUGCAAAGACAGUGUCUGUAAACAAUAGCUGGGUAUAGUGUUUGUGCUUCAGCUCUGCUGCUUAAAACCCCAGGGUACUGUGCAUUAGGGCACCUCAUCUUUCAUAUUUUUAAAAAUAGAGCUAAUGGUAUAACAUUUUGCUCUGUAUACACAUGGUAUUCUGUCUUUUGGCUGUGCAUAUAUUUGCUCCCUAUCCUGCAGCAUAAAUCUCUGUUGAUGCACACCUGUUUAUUGUUUUUAAACUUGUACAUCCACACUUCUUCUUGUCCUACUGCUUUCCCCCAGGGAAAGCCAGUCUUUAGCGCUCAAUCGGAGCAAAUAACAAUUUGGAUUUCCUCUGGAUUGACGGUUGUUCCAAUUCAGCACUAAAGAGCAGUUUUUCCCCGAAAAAGGAGUGGGGCAAGGGGAAACCCACUCAGACCCAUGCUUUCUAGGCAUGGUACAAGCAGAAGUGUGACAAGCCCUGAUUGUGUGCACACAUCUUUUACAUACAUGAGCAGUUUUCAAAGAUUGGAAGUGGCAGCUUCAAUUGCAUCAGCACUGGGAGGCAAAGCUGAAGUAAUCCAACUGCAACAGUUCUAUUUUGAAGCCUCCUCAGCAUGGAAGAACCCUGCUUAAUAGUGAGUGUUACAAUGAUUCAGCAGCUAAAUAUUCCAGGGUCUGUGGGUGUACUUUGUUGCCUCCUUGCUGCCUCAGUGUAGUAGGUCUGCUUUGUUGUUGUUGUUUGUAGUUUACCCUCAAGGAAAAGCAACAUUGUGGGAGUUGAACUUGCAUAAACUCUCUGCAGAAGGAUCACAAUAUCAUCUAAUUGCAGAGGAGCUCAGAAGUGAUAUUUGAGAUCAUAUUUCACAUCAAAUACAUCCCACAAUAAUGUAAAUUAUGGGUUAUUUACUGGAUAAAACAAUUUUAGAAUUUGUGGAGAGGUGGUAGGUUUCUUUAGGCUAUCGAUAGUAUUAAUAUUUAUUCCUCUGCUAUGUAUCUAAUCUAUAGGAUUUGUAGGAUGUUGCAUUAGAUAUAGCUUUGGCAUGCAUGCAUGCCAAUUUGUCCAUCUGUUCUUUCAUUCCCACAGGGCAAAACUAGCAUGGCAUUUACUCAUAAUCUCUUCUGUUUUAGUACCUUAUUUUCUGAGCUUUAGUGAAACAUUGACAUUAUGAAAGUGCCUCAGUGAUUGUAGGUGGGGGACACUGUCCCCAUCUUUUCAGCUGUGUUUGUGUGUGAAGUCCAUUCAAAGAGUUGUAAUUUUAAAGUUCUUGAGUAAAACUUAUAAAUAAACUGUAAUGUUGGCAGGAAAAGUGAAGUGUUCGUUUUGGAUCUAUUAAAGAGAUGGUUCAGAUUUAAAACUCAUCAUUGUACAGAAGGGCACACACCCACACACCCAUGCCAAAUGGCUAGGGACACAGGAAGCUGCUGAAAACUAUAUCAGACUAGUUGUCCAUUUAGCCCAAUAUUUUCUACUCAUGCUGGCAGCAGUUUACCAAGGUCUCAAGCAGAGAUUUCCCCCCAUUAACCUUUUAAUUGGAGAUUGAACUUGGGACCUUGUAAAUGUGACGUGUGUGCCCUCCCUCUUAGGUUCAGGUCUUCCUAUGUUAUGACUCUGACCCUGAGCAGCAGCCAGGACUCUGAAUCAGCUGGUUUAGGAAGAUAAGUGGUGCUCAUUUCAGGUCCUAGCACUGAUCUGGAGCUUGUCAGCUAAGAGCUUAUUGAACUGGAACCCCUAGAGAAAGUACCCUGAGCCAUAUUCCUCUGAGGAAAUGGUCUCUCUUUGUACUCAUUAAUGCCUAUUCCUUGCUCCCCAGUGACCAGCUCAGACAACUUAACAAGGCAGGAGCAGAUUGAGAAGUGACAGAGUGCUAUUCUCUAGGCUAGAAGGCUAUUCCUUUAAGGCUUCCCUCUUUUCAAGAAGGAAGUGGAGCUUGAGAGUCUCUCAUCUGUGAAGAUCCAGUUGAAACCAAUUGUCUGCUUGGAGCUGUCCAAGGUCCUGCAACUACUACCAGGUCCUACCUGCCCGUUCUAAGGUACACUUAGGCAUCCAUUGUCUAUGGGCUCCUGCUCAUGUUCAAAACAGGAUACCCCUGUAAUUCUUGGCCUGGCUUUCAAUAGCCUUUUAAAACGAUUACAAGGCAGCUGAAUUACACGAAAAUCUCAUGGCACAUACAACUUUCUCUCAUGUCUGAUAGAUUAUAAUCAAAGAGUUGGUGUUGGGGAGGCAGAUGAAGCAAAUGGAUGCUUAUGUUGUACUGCUCAAUAUACUGCUUAUUUAUUAUGUUGGUUCUUAGCUUAUUCCAAAAUAAUAUAUCCAGGGAUAUCUCAUGGAGAUGUCUGUAUGCUAUAUGCUAUAUUCAUAUUGGGCAAGUCCUUUAUAUUGACUGAGAAGAGACAAGUUACUCUGUACCCUUGGGAAAUCUCUAGAGAUAUCUUAACAGUGAAAAAGAAUGGAUUAUUGAACUAUUAACCUUCUCACAGUGUCUACUGGAACAGUGAAUAAUCUAAUGGCAUGGGUGCACACACAGACACAAGAAAUCUAUUUUUUAAUUAGAUGAAUAAGUUUUGCUAUUUGCUCUUUCCCCGUGUUAAUUGGAGUUGUCCCAGGAGGACUGCACAGCAAGGCUCUUACCUGCCCUGCCCAGUGCAAUCCUUUGUCCCCAACAAGAGCCUCAAGAAACCUGGACCCUCAUAUCUUAACAGAGUUUUUGUUUUGUUUUUUUUAGCCCAGAUUCCUUUUAAAGUGGGUCAUGUUUUAUCAUACUUAGGCCAGGGGGGUUCAUGGAUAUUUUGUCAUGAUUGUAAUCAUUCAAAAGUUCUGUCAUUAAGAUUAAGAGGAAAUCCUUAAUUCUCAAAAGAUUUAAGUUUAAUGGACAAAUAGUACUUGAAAAUAACAGAGUUAAAGAAGUCUAAGCAUUGCCAAGUUCUGCCAUGCAGCAAGGCCAUCUCUAUAGCAGGCCCCACAGACCGAGCACAGGUAGAAAACAACUGUAUUAAAGAAAGUGCUUGCAGAGGAAAUAGCUUAAGAAGCCAGCCUUGAUGUGUUUGCACUCUGUGCAGCAAGGAGCGAGCCAAACUGCUCUUUAUAUUUACAGCAAAGGUCUGUGGUGACUGCCAGUCUAUUUUCUCCACCAGAAGAGAAUGUAAAAGGCACAGCGAGAGUGCAUAUGCAUACAUCAGCUUAUGACUGUAAUGUUUGCUCAUCUGUAACCACAUCCAUGCAAUACUUUGCUACUAUUGUAAGUGAUGCUCCAUGGUGGUGGUGCAUGUAGUGCUCAUGGUAUGUUUUGAUACAGUGCAAGGUUGAUGAUAAAUUAACCAUGCAAAUUAUUCAAGCAACAAGAUGCAAAGGGCAAUUAAUGAAUCCUUAUGACACACACACACACACACACACACACACACACACAAAAUAAGUAGGAAGUGUGUGCUAAGAACGUAUUGUUUGUGGCUGCAGAUUCUCCCCAGUAUUUCUUGUUGGUUAGCUCAGUUUCAGGGUCAUGAGCCCCACGUUGGGUGAAAUAUUCCUGCAUGGCAGGGAGUUGGACUAUGAUUAUGGUAGCCCCUUCCAACGCUUCUGUGAUUUGAAAAAUGAUUCUCCAAAAAUAAAAAUAAAAAAUUGUUUCCUAUAUAGAUAUCCAUCUAAUGACCACCUCAUUAGUCAAAAGCAGGCCCAUACUUCCCAUUGAAAUACUUAUAAGUUGGGGGGCCACCAGGUGGUGCGUUGGAAGAUGGCCGACAAUAACAUCUCUCUGACCCAUACGAGGUAAUUAAGGGGCUGCUAUGGGAAGUAUGCAGUCUUCCAACCCCCCCCCCCCAGGAGGUGGGGGGGCUGCCUUGCCAGCGGUGUUCACAAUGCACCCCCUGAUCCGAGAGAUGGGGGUGCCGAACACUUGGCACGAGCCCUCGAUGAAGUCAGAUCUUCCUGACGCCGAUUCCAAUCAGCGCGCGCUGGUUAGCUUCAGCUCGGAAUUAUAAUUGGAAACAUACGAUUGGAAUGAAGCUGAAGCACAUACAUCAAGUAACGUUUGAGAGAUAAGACUGCUGAUUAAUGGAUCUCUGUGACCGGGAGUGACGGACGGAUAAGUAAAUCUUCUGAUGAAUCACCAUUAAGAGACUGUAUGUUUGGAAUGAAGGGGGGGUGGAGGAAAAAACUUUUUUCUUCUUUGCACGAUGUGAUAUUAAUAACCCUUAACCCCAGAUAGAAAUAAGAUCGUUGCGUUUUUACUAAUCACAAGCAGGAAUUCAAGAACUGUGUGGGAUGGAUUAUAACAGGAGAGAGGAUUGGUGAAUGGUGAGAAAGAGGAAAAAUUUUAUGACGCAGUUAAAAAAUGGCAUCGCGCCAAGACAGGCUUGCCGGAGAAAGAAGGACAGGGGGAGGAGAAUCAGGACCAUUAGAAAGAGAAGGAAUGUUGGAACGCAAUCUUGACCUGACAGAGCCUCCUGAUUUAUUUGGCAAGCCUGAGAAAAGUAAAGGACAGACCGAAGAUUAAGUUUUUUUAUGGAAGCGCUGAACAGAGGCUGUUCCUGAGUGAUAUGAUCUUUGGAGAGUACAAAACCCACACAGAGGAUGCCUGUUUUCAAUCUGCUUGUGAAAAUUAUCAGAGAUCGCAAAGAAAGGAAUAUACGAUAACAACAAGAAGAUGAAGAAAGUAAUAAAGGACUAUCUGGAUUGAACUGGAUAGAACUGUUUAAUUAAAGCAGUAAUAUAAGUGAUGUUUGGACUCGUUCGGAGUUUUGGACUCGUUCGGAGCUUGAUGUAUGGGUACCCCCCCAAAAAAUUUAAAAUUUGGCUGUAUAAUUUGGAACUAAUGUGAUUUGGAUAAUGUGAUGUGAUUGGCUUGUUAAUAAUUUUUUUUUUUUUUAAAUACUUAUAAGUUUAUGUUGAUUAAAAUGGUUCUUCAUUUUAAAUAUUUUUCCUGUUUUUUGUGCACCACAAAUAAAAUAUGUGCAGUGUGCAUAGGAAUUUGUUCAUAUUUUUUUCAAACUAUAGUCCGGCCCCCAACAGUGUCUGAGGGACAGUGAAGCGGCCCCCUUUUAAAAAGUUUGAGGACCCCUGCCAUAUAGCAUAAGGAAACUCUCAUGUUUCAGUGCAAAAUAUGGGGUCCAAUUUCCCUAAAUAAAUAAUUGGAUUCUCUGGUCUUUGCACUUGGGCUAUGACCUUGAGUGACAAGCUUCAGCUCGUGGCAUGUGUUCAACGGUAGUGUUAAAACAUACUGAAAAUAAGAAUGACCUCCUCCUUCGGGAGUGGUUCAAGCAGCCAACCGAUCACACAAGCUAGCAAUUGAAAAGCAACACUAAGGAGACUUAAAAGCUUAUCUCUUUAUGUUUUGAUGUUCCAGUGCUGGAUGUUUUAAGGUUGCAUGCAAUGAGUUCAGAUAGGGGAGAUAUUGGCUUAUUGCUACAUAAAGAGCAUUCAGCAGAAAAGCAUACUUUUGUAAAAGGCUGGCGACUUUAAAUUAAAAGCAAACCAAGAAAUCAGGUUAAAUGUUUUAUAAUGUCAUGUUUGCCCAUAAUCCCUUUCAACUUCUCUCAGAGUAAUUACAUCCAAUUCUGGUGUAAUUACUCUGGAGGAAUUCAGAUGUAAUUACUUUGCCAUCUUAUCUGUGCCAACUUCAGUGCUUACUACUUUGUGUUCAUUUUUUACGUGUCUUCUUUUGUUUUGUGUCUGCCUUGCGCCAGGAGUGAUGCAAUGAACAAGCUAACAGCAGAAAGGGGCAUUCUUUGCCAUUCAUCUGUUUGCCAAGGGUCAACAAAUGUAUACUUUAUGGUCGUCCCCACCCUAGAUGACCGUACAAGGGGCAAAAUGCAUGCCUGAAUUAUAGACGCCUGUUGGAACUAUUUGCAACACUGCAAUACCAAAAUGGGAAUUUAAGAAACCGAUCUUAUGCUAAAUAUAGUGUAGGGCAGAAAGAAUUAUGGAAGGUUGACCCGCUCCAUGAGAUAAAAUCUACAUCUGGAUUUAGUAAUGGAAAUACUCGUACAGAAAUUUGAAACUCCAGACCAUAGUAGAGUGGCAUUUAAAUACAAAGCAGGCAGCUAUGUGGAUUAUCCUUAAUCCUGAUAUUUAACCAUGCUGGCAUCACCUUUGGCUUGCUUGUAUUUAGGGGUCUAUACUGUCUAAGCUUCAUAGACAAGCUAACUUAGCAUGACUAGGAGGCUGAAGGUAAUGCACAGGCCAGCAACCAGCCAUUUAAGAUUGGACACAAGUGAGACUGUUUGUUCCAGAGAAAUGCAAGUAUUCAAGGGAAAUUGGUUCAGGGCAAUGCAACCUAGCAAUCUUCAAGUGCAGCUUGCACUCAGGAGCCAAUCAGGUGGAUACGUCAGCUUGUGUAUAGGCUCACUGGUUUUGCAGUUAAUGUGGAUUCUUUUUUCCUCUUCCCCUUUUCCACAUUUGUCCUUAUUGUGGGUGAGGCAGUUGGGACAUGAUUUCCAGUGAUGCACACCAUGACCAGUGAUGGUAUAUAGCUAUCAUUCUUACUGAUACUUGAUGCCUCCUGAAAGCACUCAUGAAUCAAGCCAGAGCAAUGAACAAAGCAUCAGACCUGAGCCAGGAAAACGUGGAGUCAAAUCCUUGCUUAGCCAUGGAAACCAGUCAGUAUUUCCUGACCUAACCUACCUCACAGGGCAUUUGUGAGUGUAAAAUGAAAAAGUCUAUAUCCAUCUUGGGUUCCUUAGAAGGAAGGAGUUGAUUUGGCUGCCUGGGCCCCAUAGGUACCAAGGUGAGUUCCUCUGAGUCUUGACUUUGAUAACGGGUUGGCAGAAGGUUAUGGCAACUGGUAAUUGGUGGGAAGAGAGUAGGUGGCAAAGAAAGAUGCCAAUAGCAGUUCUGCAGUUUAUGCUUACCAACAACAGUUGAACAGGUAAACUAGUGUCCGAACUGUUUCACUUACGUCCAGGUGUAAAAUGUUACAUAAUGGAAUGCUACCCCAGUAAAAAUUAAUGAUCCCUACAUAUAGAAAAAUGGCAUGUGGGGAAGAAAACUAGUUUCAGACUCUCCUCCCUGGUACCUAGCAGUCAAAACUGAUACAAUAAACCAGAAACAGAUUUACUGCCUCUUCUGCUUCUUUGAGAACUGAGUCCUAGUCUAUAUCAAAGGGAGAUCAGCUGGAUGAUGGAUCAGUUCUAAGAUUGACAGAUCACUAUUGAAAGCCGCAGAACUUUACUGAGCCCUAUAUUGAUGUUGUGUCCUGGGCUGAAAGGUCCUGCACCCCCCGAAGCCUUGCUUCUCAGCUCAGCUCAAUGCAUAAUGCAAGAAUACACAGGGGAGUGUGGGGUUUGGAUAAUUGAUGAGUAAAUCUCCUGGAAGGCUUGAGCUGUUCACUCAAGGAAAGGAAUGGAGAAGAAAUUCGUUUGGUUUGUUAACCUACCUAAUUUGCGCUUCCUGAACCAAUGGAUUAACCAAAACAAAGGUAUCAUUUUGAAAUCCACACUUCUUAAAAUUCUCCAAUCUAGAACAGAUAAGGAAAUGGGGAGAAGUAUUGGAAAAAUGAGAGGAAAUGAAAUUGAGAGAUUUGUCAAACUCUAAUCCAGUGGAUGGCAUUACUGAUUUCAGUAUCUGGAUUUGAUAGCAUUUUGUCUUUCAUGAACUCCUUCUCUACUGGAACUACGCCUUUCCCUCAAGACAUGUGAGUUCCUAGUUCCUCUGGAUCAUGGGCAGACAUCGAUGUAUCUAUAAAAUGGUAUAAUACCACCAAUGGGAAGUGUAGGUGGAGUUUACAGGGAAGGAAUAUGCUGCAGUUUCAGUGACAUGUACUUAGGCCUGGUCACCAUAGGAUAGCCUUUGCCAAUCUAAUGCCCUUCAUAUGUUUUGGACAACAACUCCCAUAAGCCGCAGUCAACAAAGGCUGCAGUAGGGCAUGGGAACAGGCACAAACAUAAUAAAUAUAUAUUUACAUUGCAACAACAAAGAAAUUGUAUCUACACAAACUUAGCAGCCUUUUUCCUUUAGAAAAGCAUACAUUCUUAAAAAGUGAUCUAAAUUUAAUAUAGUUGCUGCAGAGGCAAACUCAGUGGCUUGCUGUUCAGUUUAAAGUGGUCAAGUGUGUUGAUCCUAAUUAUGAGAAAUUUAAGCUGCUGAAGAAGAAACAUUUUAAUGUGUCUUUAUUUUUUCCUUUAGUCACUGACUUGAGCAAAUAGCAUAGUAAGUUUCCUUUUACCAAAAACCUCUGUUAAAGUCAAAUGUAUUCUGAAUUAGCAAAUGCUUUCAUGUUUGGCUGCAAUCCUUAUUUUCUCCCUGUCACUUAAAUGAUUGAUCUUUCUAUCAGACUCCAUGGAUUCUCUGUUGUGAUUCCACCAAUCAUUAGUGCCUUAGUGCCUAAUGCAGAUAGAUAGAUUAGAUAGAUAGAUAAUGGAGGGAAUCUGUGAUGGCUGAAAGUUCAGAAUCAGAAUAAAAUAUCUGGGUUGGGGUAGAAGAAUGUCACAUGGCAGAAAAAGUGAUGGCACCCAAGAAUCUGUAGAAUGCACAAAAGGUAUCUACCUUUCCAUGGAUUUUCAGUGGAUUUUGCUUUCUUUGCAAUGUGAGUUAUGGAUCUUACAUAUGGAGGAGUUCAGGCAAGAUAAGAUUGCAUGGGAGGUAUUUUUUCUGGUCUCCCUCUCCCACCUUCAACCCUCUGAGGCCCUGAACCUCCAGAACAGUGUGGGAGGUGGCACCAAGGAUAGCAGGAGGCUGUUUUUCCACCUAUGUGAGCACCCAGUUCUCAUAACAAGAGCCUCUGCUGCAUCUGGCACACUCCUGCAAACUGAAGGGGUCUGUCUAAUCAUGGAACAACAGAUCUGUAUCCAACCCAUAGAUUUUAACUUUUUCAGUCCCUGGAAGUUGUAUGGAAGGGAGUCGCCAAAAGGGAUGCAGUACAUGGUUCCUUCUGAUAUUGCCAAUCUUUUUGCAACCUGCUAAAAAUAGUUUGCUGAAAACAUAGUAUCUGGCUGUGUUCAUGCAUUUGCCCCUUUCAUUUUGUACAGUUCCAUUGUGACUGUGCUGUGGUGGUUGCAUUGCAUAAAUUAAUUCACAAUAAGAGAAUUGUGGUCAUUUGAAUCCCCUUAAUUUACAGCAAACUGUCAUUUCAAAAUCCUGCUACUCUCUUACCUUUUUUUUUUUUUAACUUGGCAUAUGAAAGUCAUUAUCUCUAGAGCUGAAAAAUUGCCUGUGACUGGUUGCCCAGGUCUUAUAGCUUCUAUGCUAUUACCUGAUAAUUUGUUUUGCUCUGUUUUCUCAGUAUUGUUUGUGUAGGGCUGUCAGCAAAUCAUUUGAUUUUGGCUUACAAAAAUUUGUUGUUGGUGCCUAGGAAUUGGAAACUUGAGCUACAUUAAUUAGCAACAAAAAACUGUUACUUCUAAAACACGUACAGUCUACCCUAUUCUUAUGCCUCUCUGUUGUAAAAGGUUCCCUUAACUUGUGCCCUGGAUAUGUUAUUUGUUAAAAACUAUGCCGCCUUUCAUAAUAUCAGAUUUCAGGAUGAUGGAAAGUGUAAUACACACCCCGCAACAAAACCCAAGAGAACAGAAGAUAAAACCAGCAGACAAAACCUUACAAAAGACUAAAAGUACAAUUAUAUGCAUGCUUAUAUGAAAAGAUGUGGGUGGUGCUGUGGGUUAAACUACAGAGUCUAGGACUUGCCGAUCAGAAGGUUAGCGGUUCGAAUCCCCGCAACGGGGUGAGCUCCCGUUGUUCGGUCCCAGCUCCUGCCAACCUAGCAGUUCGAAAGCAUGUCAAAGUGCAAGUAGAUAAAUAGGUACUGCUCCAGCGGAAAGGUAAAUGGCGUUUCCGUGCGCUGCUCUGGUUCGCCAGAAGCGGCUUAGUCAUGCUGGCCACAUGACCCGGAAGCUGUACGCCGGCUCCCUUGGCCAAUAAAGCGAGAUGAGUGCCGUAACCCCAGAGUAGGUCACAACUGGACCUAAUGGUCAGGGGUCCCCUUUACCUUUUAUAUGAAAAGAAGAUAGUUAUGGGCUCAACCACUUCCUUUUCUACUGUGAGUUCUAGGUUGGAGAGGCUUUUCUUUUGUCUCACCACUUUCCCCAGGAAAACCUACUGUUUACCACUGAAUCAAUCAAGUUUUCUGGGGAUUAACGUUUGUUCUGAUUCAGCAGUAAACAGUGAGUGAUUUGCUGGGGAAAGUGGUGAGACAAAAAAAAAACCCCUCUUGGACACAUGCGUAGAAAACAUGGGGCAAACGGAAGUAAACAUAGCACAAACAGAAAUGUGGACAAGUCAUAAGUGUAUAUAGGACUGCAGCCUAAAACUUGUUAUAGUAAAUCAAUAAAGUACUUUACAGUGUUUGGGUAAACAAAAAUGCAUUUGCCUGACAGUUAAAUGGUAGCAGCCCAAAACCUGCUUGAUUAAAUCAAUAAAAUAGUUUAAAAUGCCUGGGUUAACAAAAGCAUCUUUGUCUGGAGGCUGAAUGUUAGCAGGGUGAGACAUUCCAUAAUCAGAACGUAGCUGCUGAGAAAGCUGUCUCCUGUGUAGGUGAUCUUCAUGCUUCAUAUGAAGGAAGUACAUAGAGAAGGCUCUUGGGCGAAGAUCUUAAAGAACAGGCAAAUUCAUACAGAUGCUCCUUCAGGUAUUUGGGUCCCAAGUUGCUCAGGGUUUAGUAUCACCAGAAAUUGUGCCUGAAAUGGCCAAUGAAACUAUGAUGAUGAUGAUGAUGUUGAACAACAUCAAAUUACAACAUAAAAGCACAAAAUACAUGAUAAAAGCAAGAACAAAAAACACAAACCAAUAACUGUCCUCCCCGCCCAUAUAGAUGAACCAUAUAUGAAUGAAUCUGGCUGGUUUGGCCCCACAUGUUGGGACCAUUUUGGGAUGAUUUUGAAGCAUUCAUGGAUAACACUAUCAAUUACAUUUCAUUCUGGAGCCUAUUUGUUGGUGCCACGCUCUGCACUUCCCCCAAUUUCUUCUUCUACUUUUCACUGAUGGGUAGGGGAUUCUUUGAGCCAAACCGAUGGGGAUCUGUGCACUUUUCUACAUAGACAAUAGGUUGGUAAGCCAGCUUUAUCUCCCCUUUGCAUUAUAAAUGAACUGUAAUGUUUUCCCAGCAUUUGGACAAGGCAUUGAGAGUAGCAAGAGAUUUGAGUUUGCCUGGAGUAAACAAGCAAAGAAAAUACAUUUCCCCUGGCCAGCAAAAACUGGCUGCCCUGAAGUUCCUUCUUCAUCUUAACCGGCACAAUCAAUUUGUAAUAAUGGUCCCUUUAAACACAAGAUCCAGAGUGUUAGAAAAAGGGGAUGUGCUGGAACAGCUAUGAUAGAAUUCUGACUUGCCUGCGAAGCUCAUAGUGAGAUCUGCUCAGAUUCUGCAUUUAAAGCUAAGAUUUGCUUCAAAUGUAAUGAAUUCUCCUGUAUGGAAAGCAUUUCCAUGUAGAAAAGAAUAAGGAAAUGUGUGCAUUUUGUUGCACAAAGUUGCAAUAGGUAGCAAUGAUUAACUGCGGCUUCCUAGUAGCUUUUCUUUUACUGGUAAAUCAUUUAAUGAUUGCAUUAUACUGUUUUUAUUGAUAUUUUACAUUUUACUGCUGCACACCACCCUGAUUCUGCAGUAUAAAUGGCAGCAUAUUAAUACUUUUGUAAGUAUAAUAAAUAAAUAAAUGUGUGUAAGCACAGCCAGAGGGGGAAUGUGUGUGCCUGUGAUUGAUAGAUGUGACACAUUUCCAUGCAAUUUUUAAAAAUUUUUUAAAAAAAUGAUAUUUAUUAAAGUUUCACAAAGAAUCACAUCAACAGAAAAGAAAAAUUCAAGAAUAAAAAGAAAAAUACACAAUACAAAAUACAAAAAGAAAAAAGAAAAAACAGUUAAAAACAAUUCCAUCUUUUCAUCACUACUUUUACAUUUACUUGUUUCCCGGACUUCCUCAUACCUCCUUCUUUUGUAUUCCAAUUCAAUUUGUUAGUCCAGCAAUUCCUUUCCCUCCUUUUUAAUCCCAAUCCUUAAUCUUAAUAUACUAUAACAUUAAAUUUUUACCUAUUGAAAGCCAAUUUUUCCAUUCUUUUAACUUUUUUAAUCCUAAUCCUUAAUCUUAAUAUAUUUAUAACUUUAAAGCCUGUACAGCUAGAGGCCACUUAAUUUCAAUCCAACAUCACUCUAACAUUCAUUAAUUUUGCAAUGUUUCUGUAAAUAAUCUUUGAAUUUCUUCCAAUCUUCUUCCACCGACUCUUCUCCCUGGUCACGGAUUCUGCCAGUCAUUUCCGCCAAUUCCGUGUAGUCCAUCAUUUUCAUCUGCCAUUCCUCCAGUGUGGGUAGCUCUUGUGUCUUCCAAUACUUUGCGAUGAGUAUUCUUGCUGCUGUUGUAGCAUACAUAAAGAAAGUUCUAUCCUUUUUAACACCGAUUGGCCGACUAUGCCCAGGAGAAAGGCCUCUGGUUUCUUCAAGAAGGUAUAUUUAAAUACCUUUUUUAAUUCAUUAUAUAUCAUCUCCCAGAAAGCCUUAAUCUUUGGGCACGUCCACCAAAGGUGAAAAAUGUACCUUCAGUUUCUUUACAUUUCCAACAUUUAUUAUCAGGCAAAUGGUAGAUUUUUGCAAGCUUAACUGGGGCUAUGUACCACCUGCAUAUCAUUUUCAUAAUAUUCUCUCUUAGGGCAUUACAUGCCGUAAACUUCAUACCUGUGGUCCAUAACUGUUCCCAGUCAGCGAACAUGAUGUUAUGUCCCACAUCUUGUGCCCAUUUAAUCAUAGCAGAUUUCACCGUUUCAUCCUGAGUAUUCCAUUUCAGCAGCAAGUUAUACAUUCUUGACAAAUUCUUAGUUUUGGGUUCUAACAGUUCUGUUUCUAAUUUUGAUUUUUCCACCUGGAAGCCAAUUUUCUUAUCCAAAUUGUAUGCCUCCAUUAUCUGAUAAUAAUGAAGCCAGUCUCGCACUUUGUUUUUUAAUUUUUCGAAGCUCUGCAAUUUCAAUUUGUCUCCAUCUUGUUCCAAAAUUUCCCAAUAUUUUGGCCAUUUGACCUCCGUAUUGAGCUUUUUCAAGGCUUUCGCUUCCAUUGGUGACAGCCACCUUGGAGUUUUGUUUUCCAAUAAAUCCUUAUAUCUUAUCCAAACAUUAAACAGUGCUUUCCUGACAAUAUGGUUUUGAAUGCUUUAUGUGCUUUGACCUUGUCAUACCACAGAUAUGCAUCCCAUCCAAAUACGUUGUUAAAACCUUCUAAAUCCAAAAUGUCAGUGUUUUCAAGAAGCAGCCAUUCUUUCAACCAGCAGAAAGCUGCUGAUUCAUAGUAAAGUUUAAGGUCUGGCAGGGCAAAUCCACCUCUAUCCUUUGCAUCUGUUAGUAUUUUGAAUUUUAUUCUGGGCUUCUUGCCCUGCCAGACAAAUCUAGAAAUAUCUCUCUGCCACCUCUUGAAACAGUCCAUUUUGUCCACAAUUUGCAAUGUUUGAAACAAAAAUAACAUUCUAGGCAAUACAUUCAUUUUUACGGCAGCAAUGCGACCCAGCAGUGAAAGCUUCAAAUUUGACCAAAUUUCUAAGUCUUUUUUCACUUAAGCCCAACAUCUUUCAUAGUUAUCUUUAAAUAAGUUCCCAUUUUUUGCUGUCAAGUUAAUCCCCAAAUAUUUAACUUUCUUAACCACUGUUAAACCUGUCUCAUUCUGAAACCUCUCUCUCUCUAUUGGUGUUAGAUUUUUCUCUGCAAUUUUUUAAAUUUUUACUCAGAAAUGUCUGUAUAGUAAAUGCAUAACAUUUCAUCUUGUUCUAGGUCUCUGGGAGAGAGGACUCUUAAUAUCAGUCCCACUGGCACCUUUGUCCUUCAAGAACUAGGCACUGAAGCUCCUCCUUUAGCAUUCAGUCCUUUGCAGACUAGAUUAAUUAAGUCAUAACCAGACCCUGCUUCCCCAAUCCUUGGCCAGACAUGACUACAAUUCAUUGUGAUGAGCUCUAAUUAUGUGUCCUCUGCCUUCCUCUUUGGAUGGAGGGAUGCAUGCUUUUAACUGGGAUUCAAAAAGUGCACAUCCAUUCUGUCCUAAUUCUGAGAAUUUUUCAACCUGCAAACCACAGACAGGAUGAUUCAUUGUGUAGCAGAGAAUUGAUAAUGUAGAAUUUCAGUAAUGUGGUCAUUUCGUUGUGACAAGAAUAGUUCAUUAUCUCAAGAGAGAUCCUGGAUUCUUUUCUGUUUCCUCUCUUUCUGUUUUGUCAAUCACGGAAGCAAGCAGGAGGUUUCUCUAGUACCUGUUCUUAAAAAUUUUGCCAAGGAAAGAAGACUGCAGUAGGAUAUGUCUUAUAUCUAUGAUAGCACAUUUAUUUUGUGCAUUUCUUAAUGAACCAGAAUAAUUACAGUGUGCAGUAUUAUGAAGAGUACAAUAUUAUGUCUGUUGGGUUUUUAAAAUAAACAUACACACACACACACAGUCCCAGAACCCUGCAGCCCGUCUUUUUCCAUAGAGAAGGUUGGCACAUGGAGGGAGGAGAAAGAGCUGGAGCUUCCCCAAGAGGUUCUCUUGAUAUCAGCUUUGUCAUUUUGGUGCCAGAAAAAGACCCUUUUAAUUUGCACAGCAUGUGCUGCUAACUUUCCUUGAUUGUGGUUUCACCAGUUCUACUGAAAGGUAUGGCCUUCUUUUAAAUGUUGGUUUUAUUCCUACAGUAAUAUACCGUAUUUUUUGCUCUAUAAGACUCACUUUUUCCCUCCUAAAAAGUAAGGGGAAAUGUGUGUGCAUCUUAUAGAGUGAAUGCAGGCUGCGCAGCUAUCCCAGAAGCCAGAACAGCAAGAGGGAUUGCUGUUUUCACUGCGCAGCUAUCUCUCUUGCUAUUCUGGCUUCUGAGAUUCAGAAUUUUUUUUUCUUGUUUUCCUCCUCCAAAAACUAGGUGCGUCUUGUGGUCUGGUGCGUCUUAUAGAGCGAAAAAUACGGUAUAUACAGUGGUACCUCAGGUUGCAUACGCUUCAGGUUACAGACUCUGCUAACCCAGAAAUAGUGCUUCAGGUUAAGAACUUUGCUUCAGGAUGAGAACAGAAAUCGUGCUCUGGCUGCGCGGCAGCAGCAGGAGGCCCCAUUAGCUAAAGUGGUGCUUCAGGUUACGAAUAGUUUCAGGUUAAGUACGGACCUCCGUAACGAAUUAAGUACUUAACCCGAGGUACCACUGUGUGUAUAUGUGUGUGUGUGUGUAUAUAUAUAUAUAUAUAUAUAUAUAUAUAUAUAUAUUUACUGAGCACCUGAUGGGUUUUUAACUAAAGGGUGAUAAAGAAAGGCUUUGGGUUGGGAGAAAUAAACAAAACUGAGAGACGUUUCUUGGGCACAGGUUGUUCCUGCCCUCAGUUCAGAUGCUUGGUUUCAUUUUGGUCAUUCCAUCUCAGAAGAGUGUUUAGCUGAAAAGAAACGCUCUAGCACAUCUCCAAAGAGCAACCAUAAAGGUUGGGGCAAGAUUUCUCCUGUGACUAAUGAAAGGGGGGUUGCCAGAAGUAUAGAAAACAAGGAGCAGCAUAAAUCAAAUGGAUGUUAUUGUACUAUAAAACCAGAUGAAAACCUUUAGAAAUUUAAAUGACAGCAAAGAUAAAUUUGAUGGAAACUAGGAACUCUGCACAAAUCAAAAUUGUAGUGUUAUAAGAAAUAUUACUGAAGCAAAAAAGUAAAUAAUAUCAUGCUUAGAUGGCAAGGAAUGAAGGCAGAAUACCUGGUUUGGGGCCUCUUAGUACUCUCAAUAAACCUUGAAGUGAGGCAUAGUCACAAUGCUGACCUUGUGGAUUUGUUUGACACCUUGCUAGCAACUGAAGCCAAAUAGUAAUGGUCUCUUUGCUGAGCACCGGGAACCUGUGUGGCUUCCUUGAACUACCUGAUUGCUCCUUUAAAAAUAAAUAAAUAAAUAAAUAAAUAAAUAAAUCACCUUUUCAUAUUGCCAUUCAAGACAUGUUGCUGCCUGAGGCAAAGAACAAGACAGCAACACUCACCCUCCAGUUUUCUUGGACUGGUAGCUUAAUCUUACUUGAACACUGGUGGCUGUCUCCACUGCAGCUGAGAGCAGAUGGGUAGUUUAGAGGGUACAGUGCAGGCCACAUGGUGCCCACAACUGUGGGCACCAACAGCUCCCCAUCAGUCCUCACCCCUGCACUUGUGUACCUGAGACAGCCAUCUCAUUCUGCCUAAUGUAAGGACUGGCCUUGCACGUGUAGCUUAGUUCACACCAACAUAUGCCUGUAUGGGGGAGUUAUGACAAUGAUUUGGGACUGCUUUCAUGUAGAGAACAUGACUACAUGGACUUGCUGUAUAAUGAAUUAUAAAACAGGGUUUGCAGUGAAGGUAAUCCAAAAUCUUGAAAAGGUCAGGUAGCUGCCUCGCAGGAUGUUAGCUGCAAAAAGGUACUACAGGAGGUCCUGUCCUUGUUAAGUUGUCAGUUCUUUCUGAUUAUUCAGAAACAGCAAAAUUGCUAUUAUGCCCAAAACAAAAAGAGAACAGUGAAUUAUGUACAACGGAGCUUUAUAAUAGUUACACUUUAAUGCUGUAACUUCAAGUGACACCUGUGUUUGAUUCUAGAGCCUUGAAGAAACCAGGCCCUCUAUUGAAUGGAGUAAGUGCCAUUUAAUUACUCUGCGUUUUCUUUGAUGUAUACUUGUGCUAUUGGCCUAGAAAUAAAAACAUAUGAGUGGGGUCCACCUAACCAGCUGAAGCCAUACACAAAAACUAUUGCAAUGGGACUCCCUCUCCCUCUCCCUCUCCCUCUCCUUCUCCCACACUGCCUGCAAAUUGGAUUUGGGGAUUGAGAGCCCUGAGACCAGAGCAUGCUGGGGGGAGGAGAAGGGGGGAACCUUUCGUCUGGCUAGCAGGAAUGCUUACACAGAAUAAAUGAUUAGAAUAGUGUGAUGUUGAAUUCCAACACACACACACACACAAAACCACAAACACACACUUCAUUUCUGAUGCUGCUUUGCUACAUUUCCUAAGGGAUACAUGUGCAGUAUAAAAUUAUUCAGACUAAUGAAUGGCAAUAGUAAUUAAUUUUACCCCCUCCAGACUGCUCCAAAAUGUGACAGAUAAACUGCAAGUGCUUCAGCACUAUAGUACUUCAAAUGAACGCUAAAUGCAUUUUCUAAAAUCAACACCCAGAAGUAACAAUACUGUUGAUGUUAUAAUUCUGUUUCUUUCUUCAUUAAUUUUUAAGUUACAUUUAUGUUUAUUGGUAGCAUAACCAAUAAAACUCAUUUCGAGACUUGCAGGCCUGUUCCCUCCUGUCUGAAAUUUUAAAAAUUCCCUUGAGGGGAGGAAGUAGUAUACACAUACAGUAAACCAUUUUUGACAGUUAUAGCAAUCUUUUCAUAGGGAAACAAAAGUUAUGCUAGUAAGAGCUAAAUGCUCUGAAAGAAGUUUUGGCAGAUUUGCUUUGUAAAUUUUUUGCCUUUUGUUUAAGAACUAAAUCUAGGGAAUUGCUGAAUAGUACAUAACACCUAUUUAACAAGCAAUCAUAAAUUAUGCAGUUGGCCUUGUCAUGUUGUUUUCCUUUAAAUGGCUGGAAGCAUUAAAAUCUGCCUUGUGUAUAUGAAUAGCUCAAUCCAAAUCUCAGUUUUGAGUACUGCUGCUGCCUGGAGUCAUUUUCCAUCUUUUUAUUCAAACUAAAUGUUGUUGUUUAUAUACCACUUUUGAUUUCUAGAAAUACACCAAGGUGGUUCACAAACAAAUACAAGCCAAUAGAAAAAUAAGUAGUGUGAAACCAAUUAUAAAAAUGUAGCUACUCAUAAAACUAUUUUAGGGUUGCCAUAUUUCAAAAAGUAAAAACCAGGACACCCCAAAAAUCGUUGAGCUUUUAUUUGUUGUUGUUGUUUAGUCGUCUUAGUCAUGUUCGACUUGAACCCUUGGAAACUCUCACUUUCUUCUCAAAAGCUUCUCCUUUUUUAUGUCCAUGGAGUUUUCUUGGCAAAAUACUGGAGUGGUUUGCCAGUUCCUUCUCUACAUGGAUCACAUUUAGUCUAAACUCUCAGCUAUGACCUGAGGUGGGUGGCCCGUCUUGGGUGGCCCUGCAUGGCAUAGCUCAUAGCUUCUUGGGGUUAUUCAAGCCCCUUUGCCACAACAAGGCAGUGAUCCAUGAAGGGGGAGCUUUUAUAGGAAAGCCCAAAAGUUGAGCUUUUUUAAGACAAACCCCAAAGUUACAAAAAAAAAAAAAAGUCCAAGAAAACACAAUUUUUCAGUUUACUUGCUGAAAAUCCAGGAAAAGCUGUCAUGGACAUCACUUCCACCUUUGAAAUCCCAGUAAUGUCUGGAAAAUCCCAGGCAUAUGGCAGCCCUAUUUCAUAAAAAAGAAAAGAAAUUCUGAUGCCCUCCAGAUACUGUUGGACUACAACUUCCAUUACUCCCCAGCUGACAUGGCCAAUGGUCAAGGAGGAUGGGAGUUUUAGUUCCACAGCUACAUGGAGGGUGUAAUGUUGGUUACUUCUGAUGUAUCUAGUUGUUAAACCAUCACCAAACAGAAGUUUAACAAUAUGAAAGUAAUAUAAGGUAACAUCAACAGAAGUUAACUCAGAGCCAAUUAAAUUACAGUAUAAACUUAAAAUGCUGACUAUCUCUGGCAGUUCACAACAUACCCCUUUAAAAAAGAAAUGGUCCUCUUGUAACAAAUAUUAAAAUAUAAUUGAAUAAAAUAAAAUAAAACACCACAAAUCUGAAUAAAGUUAUAUAAAACCUAAGUGAAUAAGGGCAUGAAGCAAACUUUGAAUUCUGAAUCUCCCAGUCAAAACACAGCAUUCUUUAUUAAGACUUUUCUCCUCCCAUCAGUUACUACAGUUGUACAAAAAAUGUGCAGUUUCCACAGUUGUAUAUUUAUCUUGCCCACCAGAAGAUUAAUUACUGAGUCAUGGUCAGACCUCACCUCCACAUCUCUCCCUACAAUAUGACCCAAGUAUUGCCUUUGCAACACAUUAUAUAAAGGACGGCAUAUGUACAAGGUGUCUUCAGUUGUGGGUAAAUAUAAAGUGGUCGGUUUUGGAAGCUAGAUAUGUUGUAUCAGGGAUGAUAUGCCUGAUGGCUUAUAGGGGGGUGUUGAUUAAAGAGCCGCAACAUCCAUGGUCACUAUGGUGGUAUAUUCUGGCAGACUGUCAAUGUGCUGUAGUUUCAUCAGGAAAUCAGUAGUGUUCCACAAGUAACUUGGAGUAUUGGUGGCAUGUGGUCCAAAAAUGGAGUUAAUAUAACCAGACAGUGAUAACAUGAAUACACAACAAUAGUUGCUGGCUUCUUUAUUUUGGGUAGUAGAUCCCCUGGCCAAGGCUCUCUGGAUGUGUCAGUAUAGGAUUGCUUCGGCAUAUCUGUAGCAAGUUCCUUCAUCAGGAUAUGUGAUUCUUUCUGGUCUUCUUCAGUAGAGCCUGUAAAAUAUGGCUGUGUUCUAGUCUGCUGCUGGAUCCCAUGGAGAAGGCAGCAAGGCAGGUCAGGAGUUGCAGGACCAUGGAUAGCUCUGAGUGAGCAAUUUGCUCCUGCAGAGGUUGAGAGCCGUCUGAGGGCUCUUAAACCUCAGCCUCCAGACAACCUCCGCCUGGCUGAGAACUUCAGUUUCUUAAAGGGCCAACUCUCUGGGCCUGAAAUUGAGCACUCCUCUCUUCCCUAGCUCUCCCUCCUGGUGUGUGUCCUGCUCUGCUGGACUAGUGUGGUACUGAGAGAGGCAUUUGCUUCCUCAAGCUCAGCAGAAGGCACCUGUGAGGAUCGUGAUCUGGCCGCAUAGAACCUGAUGGUAAAGGAGGUUAUUCUAGUCUCAGGCACAGUGAUCUGAUCUGCAGCAGCUGCUUGAGAGCCCUGAACUGGGUCUGUUAUCUUACAUGUCACGACGAAUAUGGUGCUGGAUAAUUGCCUCUCAGUCUUUUGUAAUGUAUUCCAACUUUUUCAUGAUGACAACAGCUUCUCCUUUUCCAGACUCUUUCAUUAAGAUGUCAGGACUGUUUCUGAGGCUGUGGAUGACAUCGCAUUCUGUUCUCCUGUGAUUGUGUGGCAAAUGAUGCCGUUUGUUGAUUGCCUCAGCUUGGGCUGAUGCAGAGUGACUGGCUCAAGGUCACCCUGUAAGCUUCUCAGCUGAGGCAGGAAUCUAAGCCCAGGUCCUAUUUGACACUCAUUCUGAUGCAUGGCUCUGGGGGCUCACAGUUUCUGACUCCCUGGCUAAGGGAGAUGCCAGCUCCUUCCUUAAACCUCCUGAGCCUUUUUUCCUUUCUUGCUGGAGUGGUGGCAGGAUUAAAAGAAGCCACUGGCAUUCUAUUCAAUGGCUCUUGCCUACAUUUCUCUAAUAAUAGCCGACACCAAGCUUUGCAGCCUUAUUCUUAUUCCGUUGUUUCUCUUUGUUUAUUCCCUGUUAUUCACACUACCCUAUAAACAGCCCUGUAGUUGUCCCAGUCUUGCUGGAUGGCUCAUCCCACGUCAGUCUUGGUUUUCCUAACCGUAAUAUAGGCAAGGCUAUCCUCCUUGUGCUUGCUAAUGCCAGACCCAUCCCAGAAAGUCAUCUGACAAAAGAGGUAAGCAAGCUGCAUCUUAAACAGGGUUAUUGUAUACCUGCAUCUUAAACAGGAAACAGUAGGUAACUGAAGCCCCUAAGGAAUAGGUGUGGAAGACACACACACACAUGUGCAAUUGCAGAAGUUGCUUCUCUGAUUAAAUGGUAAGUGUGGCAUUCAGUACCUAAGGAAAAGCUUGCUAAUCUGUGCACGUCUGUCCUUUUUCUUGUCAUAGCUGUAAGUGGGCACUUCAGCUAAUGUCCCUAAUGAGGGAGAAAACCACCCAGAGGCAGAGAGCUCUGCAUCUGCAUGCUUAAAAGAAGGGGCUCUUAGUGCUUGCGAUUAUUCAGGAGGCUCUAAUGGCUUCUUUCUCUUUUAGUGUGACACACGGCACAUUUGUGCCCCUUCUGCUGUAGUCCCUCUGCAGCAUUUUGUUCCAAGUUGAUCUGAGGUAACCCUGCAGCUGCAGUGUACACUGAGUGAAUAUGAGAAGCAUGAGCAGAAGAUCAUGUCCUGCUGUCAGCAGCAAAGCCUAUGCUUCCUGACACAGCAGAGCAACAGAGAAAAAAGGCCAGGUGAAUUUGGAAGCCCAAGAAAUAAAAUUGAAUUGGUUUCAGAGAAAACUUGCUUGUGAAAAGUAGGUUCAACCGAGGGAAACCCUUGGCAAGUAGAAAGAUGGACAGUGCUCAGAUCUACACAAUUUUGUUCUUAAGGAUGACAGAAUUGCCUUGGAUACAUGUCUUUGCUUCUCAUCUUUUUUUGAAAAUGAGGAUUGUCUCUUGGGGCUCUGACUAUGACAUCAUAGCAGUCUCGCAAUUCCUCUGUAGUCAGUCUCUAGAGACUUAAAGCUAAUGUUACUCAACCUUCAAGCGUCUCUUCUCUGUUUGGGCUGUCAAAAAAAGUGAGUUUCACUCUUGAUAAAGCCUUCACAAAUAUUUUUUACCACAAACACACUUUAAUGUAGUCACCUUGUGGCUAUAUCUCAUACAUUGAGAUAAAUAUUAUUUUUAUAUGUAUUUGGAUAAAAUACAUAUUUAGUUCUACAUUUUCAUACAGAUUUUUAAAAACACUCACAGAGUAAUAUGGACAUGGGAUGGAACGGAUUAAUGAAUGAAUGAAUGUGAAAAUGACAAACACAGACAUUCAUGAGAAAGUUACUGGUGUGGACUGUACUCCCCCACCUUGUCUAACUUUAAGCCAUUAUUUUCCAUCCUUUGCUGGGAGGGAAAUGCUGUCAAGAUGCUGCUGUGUGGCUGCUGGAUCUGAUAUAGUCUUUGGACAUUGUUCAACUGUCGCUUUUUGUGGUUACAUAGGGGUGGCGCUGUGUUCUAAACUACUGAGCCUAGGGCUUGCCAAUCGGAAGGUCAGUGGUUCAAAUCCAUGUGAUGGGGUGAGCUCCCAUUGCUCUGUCCCAGCUUCUGGCAACCUAGCAGUUUGAAAGCACGUCAAAGUACAAGUAGAUAAAUAGGUACCGCUCCAGCAGGAAGGUAAAUGGUGUUUCUGUGUGCUGCUUUGGUUUCGCCAGAAGCGACUUAGUCAUGCUGGCCACAUGACCUGGAAAAACUGUCUGCAGACAAACGUCGGCUCCCUCGGCCAGUAAAGCGAGAUGAGCGCCGCAACCCCAGAGUCGUUCACGACUGGAUUUAACUGUCAAGGGUCCUUUACCUUUACCUUUUAGGGAAGAAAACUACUGCUCUUAUUUAAUUUUGCUGAUUUUAUAUUUAUUAUCCUUAAGGGUUUUUGACAUUACUUUUAACCUCUUUAGAUUACAAGCAUAGUAGCAGUAGAUAAACAAACAGCAACCCAGUUCUAAGUUUAUAAUAUUGUGAGGGCUUUUACAGUUGAUAUUGUGGGUUUUUAUUCUGUUGGUAGGUCAUGGGCUGUUCUGUACAGCAACAAGAAGGCUUCCGGAAAAUAGAAUAAAAACUUGUAUUAUUUCUCUAUCAGUUUACAGAGAAAUGGAUUCAGACCUGGUUCUAAAGCAAUUCUUGCCUAGCUGGAUAUAACCUUCCCUGCAAGAUAAGGCUUUUCAGCUGGAACCAGCUCAAUUAGUUUUCAUGCUUACAACAUUUCCAUGGUUCUUUUCAAAGGCUUAUCUCUGAAAAUUCUCUUGGCUGGUUUAAAAAUGUUCUGUAGUGACCAGGGCAACAGAUGUCAAGGCCUUUACACUAACACUGGAGUUAAUUUAAUAUGUUUAAUGUGAAAGAGCUGCUCAAACUUUAACUCUUCUGAAUUUGCUGAUGAGCAAUAGCAGGAGGCUUUUGAAUAGUCAGUGAAAAGCGCUAAAUGUCAUAACAUUAUAUAAACUGAUUACUGGGAGCACAUUUUUUCUGUUAUGAUUGGAUAGAAAGAAGGUUAUUGAGAUGGUAAAAAUGUGCUAUUAAAUAAAAUGGAAGCCUGAUAUCUUGAUACUAUCAUCAUUCCAGGAUAUCUUUAGUAAUAGGAUGCCUGAUAUGUUGAAAAAUUCUAUCUUUCAUCACACAUGAUAACUAGCUGCACCAGAUAAAUGCAGUAAGCAGUAUGGGUGGGAAGCUAGUUUCUAAUCCUCUAUUUCACACCCAAUGCUUCACAUUAUAUUUUUCCUAUGUAGUGGUAAUCUCUGCAUACAGAUAAGAGUAUCUCAUAUAUUCUGAAGUGCAUCAUUAGUGUUAUUUUCACCAGUGCCGGUCCUACCCUUAGGCAGAGGGAGGUAUCUGAUUUUGGGUCUUAUGAAAGGGCAGUCCAUUUGCAACCAUUUAUUAUUUUUUUGUUUUCACCCCCAGGGAAAAGUUAUUCUGCCCCAGAUGCCAGAAUAAUUUGGUCAGCUGUGGGUACUAUGCACCUUGAUUUGCAGGUGAGAGGGGACCAUUUGCUUGUCUACUUGAGGCGGCAUAACAUCUUGGGCUGGCCUGCUUUCAUAGCAAGUAUGUGGGUGUGUCAUUCUUGCAAAAUGGCCCUCGGUGUACACUGGAUCAGGUGCUUAUGCUUUCACUGUGGGAGGCGUAUCUAGGGUGGAAUUUUGAAAAGAAUACAAGACCUUCAGACCCUCUGCCAGUGAACUCUUUUAUGUAAAAGCUAGCAAAGUAGCUAGGAAUUCCAUUUGGUGAGUGAGUGAGUGAGUGGACUGGUGGGGGAAUGAUAGAAUCAUAUGGUUUCUGUUCUGGCUGUGAAUGAAGGAAACAUCCCUCAGCUCUUCCCUCUUCCACCAGCCUAUUUGGUAGAGGGUUUUUUUCUAUAUCACUAUCUUGGUAAGAUGCUAUUAUAGGGGAGAGAGCUUCCUCUUCUUUGAGGCCAGCAUAAAAAUACAGGCUACUAGCCUCUGAGUGGGCUAGGGUUUGGGUCGUUCCCCCCCCCCCCAGGUUAGUAACUUUUCUGAGAUUAUUUACAAAGCUGCUUUAAAGAGGCAUCUGUUUGUGUUUUUCUCUGGAUUAAGUUGGAGCAAAAUGCACAAAUCCUUUGGGUGCCUCAUUUGAAAAUUAAAUAUGCACCAAGUUAGAUUAAGAAUUUCCAGGAGUGUAGUCAUGCUACUUAUGCACCACAAGUACUAAUACAUUUAUUAUGGCAUAAGCUUUCAGUGACUAGAGUCUGCUUCAUCAGAUACACAAAGUGUUAUUUUGAGUUGGCAGGUAGAGCCGCAUGGUUGUAGAGUGAUAGGCAAAUUGUUAGCAGUCAUGUUAGAAGCAAAAAGUACAGAUACUGAUAAUUAUAUUAAAACUUAAAAUAUUGAGGGGGGGUGGUAAACCAAAGUGACUACUCACAAUGUUGUAUUCUGCUAGAAGCACACCAUCUCUUUCCUGAGCAGACUUUUAAGAAUUGCAGCAGCCCAUUUUAUGUUACAUUUCUUUAAUGUAGUGCAUGUUUAGUGGCCUUUAAGGGUUUGUUAUGAUAACUGACUUUAACGUUGGGACUACUUAGCAGCUUUAAAAGCAUUUAUAUUUACAUUUUAUCUAUUUUUUUUGGUGAAUUGCCUAACAGAACAGGGAGGCUUUAUGUUUCAGAGGGAGAAAGAGGAGGAAGAAACACCCACGAGUGGAUAACCUAUCCAGGCAGUCUUAAUGAUACCUCCCCUUUUCUUUCCAUUUAAAAAUGUAUUUCAAGAUUGCUGCAGGCAUCUUUCUCUUCUGAAUAGUAACUGGCCUUGCUAAUACUGUUUCUUGGCAAGCUGAGGUUCUUUGAGUUUUAACUACUUUGUAAACUGUAAAAAUAUCUGUGUAAAUAUUGCCUUUAUUCAAGUUCUAUGAAGUCCAGCAUGGUCAUAUUUCACAUUUUGUUCAGAGGAGUCUACAUAUGAAAAACAUUACAACAUAUACAUACACAGCUAUAUGUUAUUGGACACUUCUUCCUAAGGCUGACCUUUAUAUAAAUGUGACACUAUCUGCAUUAAUAAACUGUGACCUUGGAUUAUGAAUUCACAAAUAGGCUCUAUCCCAGGGGUGGGGAACCUGUGGCUCUUCAAAUGAUGUUGGAUUCCAGUUUUAUACACCAGAGAAUUUAUGUGCCUAGGGCUAGGAAACAUUAUAUCCUCAUCCUGGUUGUUUCAGCAUCAUUUGCACUUGGGGACAUUGGGGAACCGAUGUUCCUCUCUAAGCUGUUAGCCUGGUGUGGUGGUGGGAUUUUCUGUUGUUGUUGAUACUUGUACCAUGCAAUACAGACUUUUUUUUGGGGGGGGGGUGUCUGGGAGAAAAUUGUUCUCUGUGUUGAGCCACUAUGAUAUUUUUCUCCCUUGGUGUCUCUUGAUGCUUAAUGUUCAGAAAAUAGUGAGCCCCUAAGAUACAUCUCAUUCAAAAUCAAAGCAUUAAAAGUCAGAAGUUGGUAGCUUUCAAACUUUCCAGGUCUCUCCCCCACUGGCAUUAAUUGCCCUCCUGCUGUGCCAGUUGCAAAGCUGUUUAACAUUCAGCACCUGCUUAGUUUGACUGUCUCAUUUUCUGGGGGUUGAUUCAUUUCCUGUAAAACUUCUUUGUAAACCUCCACUGUGUAUGUUGAAAUAAGCUUCAUAAAGCAGUUGUCACCUUAUACUUUACAAAAGGUCGUCCAUUGGUAAUUCAUCUUAACAUGUAAGUGGAAAACAAAGCCUGCCACUGAAUCAUGUUGCUGACCCUACCACACUACAGAGAUUACUCCCCUGAUUGGUCUGCCACUUAUCUUGCUUCCCUUUCCUGCUCACACGUAGUGCAGCUGCCUCAUCUCUGAGGCCGCUUGAUGUCCAUGCAGAGGAGUGACACUUGGAAAGAGGUUAUAUGAAUGUGCAUGAAAUCCAGCAUAUAAAUCUGAGCAGCAUGAUCACUCUCCCAGCUUAAAUCGGGGAAUUUCCUAUCUGAUAUGGGCAUAGACACAUUGAGAUUUUCACACACAGAGAGAAUAUUAAUGGAAUCUAGAAUUGUAGAGUUGGAAGGGACUCUGAGGGUCAUCUAGCCCAACCCCCUGCAGUGCAAGAAUCUCAACUAGAUCAUCAUAGAAUUGUCAGCUUUAAAGGCAGUGGUCAGAGAGGCUACUGCAGAGGUAUGUAGAUUCAGGCAUUGGUGGGUCAAUCUUGGAGGCAAAACACAUGCAUCAGCUCCUUUUUGAAGUGCAAGAAUCACAGGGAUUUAGUCUCCGUCACAACAUUAUAUUUUGUGCAUGAAGUAUGGGCCCACAUGCAGGUCUUCUGACCUUUUUAGUUAAACAAUUGAAUUGCCGGUUUAACAAUAGACAGGUUGGUAGCUGUGUCAAUUGGCCCUAUCAGCACUUUUAACUGAGUUUUCCUCCUACAAAGGAAGUCGUUUUUUCCUUUUUCUGGGCAGCAGUAAGAAAGAUCAGUUUGAGAAGGGCUCUUCUUUUCUCUGGUUGAGAGUAAAAAUGCAAUUGGUUGUAAGCCUUCUAAGAAACUGCUGUAACUCCAGCCUUCUUUCCUUGAUAUAGUUGUUCCUUACCUCUGGAGUUUAACAUGUCAACAUACUGUUUUUAUGGUUGUUUUUCUCACUUUCCUAAUAUUACAUUAGGGUUCACAAAUACAAUUUUUUGUUGUUUGCUUUUUCCUUGCUCAAAAACUCAGCCUGCCAGAGUCUGGAGUAUUUCCAGCCCAGGUUUUAAAUAAAGCUCAGGUAGCUGUAGAAACUAGGCUCUGAGACAGCUUAGCAGAGAGAUUUCUGGUGAGCUGAGGAUGGUGCCACAUUUGCCCUAAUGGACCAGCUUCCAUUGCAGCUUGGUAGAAGUCAGGCAGAAAUCUGCUGUUGACAGGAAACCAAAACUGUACUGUAGAACAAAACACUUGGUUGAAAUCCGGGUACCAGGAUAAAUAUGUAGGUAACAGUGUCUGCAGGAUCCUAUAUGAUGAUAAUUGCUGCUACUCUAAGAUGUACAUGGGAAGUCCACAAGCAUUGCACAUUGCUACCUCUGCUGUGUGUGUGGGGGGGUGUACAUGUGUGCAAAGGUGGGGAGACUUCUAAAAUGUAACUUUGGUGUUAAAAGUGAUGUGGCAGAAGACAAAAAGUUAGGUCAGAAUGGGGGUGGGUGCAGUAGAAACAUGGAGUUGGAAACCUGGGAGAGAGUUCAAGGGAGGGGUUAUUGAGGUCAAGGGUUCAAUGUCUGUGGGUGAGAAAAAGCCUUUGAAAGGCAGUCAGCAAAGAGAGGGAUCAGAGGGAAAGUUGCUGCAGUGAAAGAACAUAUUCUUCCGUAAGAGCCUCAGUCUGCUCAUGUUUUAAGAUCUUUGAGGAACGCUCUUUUUUCUCUCCCACCAAAAGCUGGGGUUCAUUUGUUGGAAACUCAAGAGAAAUACCUUUUUGGUAGCUGCAUCUACAGGCAACUUACCACAGAAGACCCACCUAACCUCUUCUCUAAUGAGCUUCCACCAACAGGCAGAGAUAGUCUUAGUCAGACAGGGCUUUGAUUAAGUUGUUACAGCCAGAGUAAAUGUGUUGAAAUUUGUUAAACUGGCUGUUGUCUCCAUUAGUUUCAUUGAUGCAUUUUAUUUGCUUUUAAAAAACCCUGUUGAUCUGUAUUUUACUGCUGUUGACUGCUUUGAACACCAUUUUUGAAAAGACGUAAUUUUAGCAAACAAAGGCUGGAAGCUGGGAAUGGGAUUAAAAUUGCCUGGUAGUGGAGAGAAUUGUAUAUUGGCAAAGCAAAGUUAACACAUAGAGUAACCUGGGAAUUAGCAGCGGUAUUUUAUUGCAGACCCCACUUGUCACUUUAUGAAAUGAGUAUGACUGUAACAUUGCCUUGGAAUCUCAGUUUGGCAGAUGUUGGAGAUGGGAAGAACACUGUCUACAUUUCUGACCAAACAUCAAAUAUUUUGCCUCUUUGUUGACGUAGGUUUUGAUGAACUCCAUGCCUGUGCUGAUCCUGGAUUUCCUGAAUAUGGAUAUAAGAUGCCUGGCGCAGGUGUUUUCUUUGAAAGUUCAGUAGUCCGCUUCCAUUGCCAAGAAGGAUACAGGCUUAAGGGCCCAUCCAAAAAGCUUUGUGAGAGACAUUUCAACGGCUCCCUCAGCUGGAAGCCAAGCGAGAAACCCGUGUGCCUCCAAGAAGGUAAGUCUAUUUACUAACAACAAACUUUGCUUGUGAAAACUCCAUAUUUCUAACGUAUCUGUGCUUCCAGCUCACAGGAUCAUGCUCAUUUUUUCUUUCUUUCUGAGAAGACUUUUUUACAACAAAUGGAAACUGGAGACCUAGCUGAAUCCAGGCAAUAAAUGCAAUAUCAUUUUCAUUCCGACCAAUGGUAUUCCAGGUUAUCCUGGGUUCCCCAGGCAAAACCUUCAAUUCCUCUUGAGCAAACAAUCAUUAGAGUUAAACUAUUUAUAAAUAAUGUUGUGUGCUGACAAAUUUGGUACAUUCUAUCCCUGUGUGUUUGGUGGGCUCUGAAUUGGGGCAGAAGAUUCAGGAGUCUCUUGAUACAUCUUAAUGAACAGAUGAAAAGUUCAUCUGAUGUUAUUAGUUGUAUUUAAUUACUAUUCUGACAAAUGAGUGCUCUUUGUAAAAUUUUAAUGUUAUGUUUUACUGGGCAUUAUGGUUAAAUUUAUAAUGAUGAUAAGGGUAUGUGUUAAAUGGAGUAUUAAAUCAGUUAUGUAUUGCGGGGGAUGUUGUAAAUUAUUCAUUUGGGUUCGGAAAAGAAUGGCAGCCAGAUUAUAAAAUGCAGUAAUAAUGCAAUUUUACUUCUAUAUUUAGGAACACAUCUGUGGGAAUAAAAGAACUUGUUUUCUUUUGUAUGUAAUUAGUUCAAUUUUCUUAUGCUCAUUUUCUGUUUCAGACAUAUUUGACAAUUUUUGCUGGUCUAACUCUGGCUCUUGCCAGCAGUAGUUUUGGAAAAAAUCUUUGUCUGUGGAAAAGCUUCACCAUUUAUUAAACAACAUGCACUAAAACUCCAGCUCUUUGAUUUAUUGGGUGCUUGUCAGUGAUAAUGUUGUGAUCAAGAAAUUUAAAAAUAUGGGCUGUCUUUAGUGUGUUUGUGCAUGAAUGUGCAAACAUGGAUAAACACACCACUAAAAAUGUUCAGAUACCAUUUUGCUGGAAGAAUCCGCUUGCUAUGUAUUUCAAUAGUGUUGAUCAAGCCCUUGUCAUGAGCAAUACAUGCAUUUGCAGCAAAUUAGAUCAACUGAACAUUGGGGGUGGGCGUGGGCAUGGGCGUGGGGCAAAGAGGUGGGGAACCUGUUUUUCCUCCUCUGUGACACUUCAAGUAUUGUCAUGUUUUAAGUCUCCUCCUUGUGUUGCAGCUGCCAACAAGGUGGUAUUGGCCUAACUGGAGGUGUGAAAUGUUUAUUUCACAAGUUGCCAUUGGCUAAAGCAAAAUUGGCAUAGAUAUUUUGGACAUUUGUGAUGGUUCAAAAGAGGGGAAUGACAAGGUAUUGUCAUCAGUAGCAUGGAGUCCCAAACAAUAGUGUAUUUUGAGAAUAGUGAAAUCAUGAGGAGCACCAGCUCUUCAAAGAAGUCAAUCAGAACCAGAAGCCUUCCUUUUUUUUAUCAGCUGAAUAAUGUGUAGAACCCAAUGAUUUUGGGAUUGCAGGUGGUUCUAUUUUCUUUGGGCCAUGAUCAUUAGCUGCAUGGCAGUGACACUAUAUUUGAGAUUCUUUGCCACACUUUACGCUUUAUCUUUCUUGCUUCAGGUUAGCAAGCUUUGUGUGCAUACUAAGUUUGUUUUCCACAUUAUUACAUUCUGAAGGCAAAACAAAAAGGCAUAAAUUUGAAGCUUCUAGAACAACAGAAUCAAAUUUUCUUAGGCCUAGAAGACAUUUUUUCUUUAGGAUGAUGGUUGUGCAUUUUAUGCUGUGGUAGUAAUCUCAUGAAAGGUAUUUAUUUAUGUUUUGCUUUGCACUUGUGCACUGUUCUUUGUCCAUGCCCACACACCUUUGCAGGCAUUGGCACUGAAAGUCAUAUAGUAUCAAGGUAAAGGAUGAAGCAACAUACAGUAUAUGCAGAAUCCUUAAGUGGUUGGGGGCGGGGGGGGGGCAAAUGAUGUAUCCGCGUAUUCACAAUGUAAGAUUGCAUAUUACAGCCUUGUAAUUAUGUUCUCGUUAUUUUUAACAAGUAAAAAAAAAACUGCUUCCAGUCUUCUAGGUGCCUAGAUGUGGCCCUACUUACUCGCAGUUUGAGCAUGUUCUGCCCCCUCCUGGCCUCCCACCAAUGCUCUGAUGUGAUCUGGAAUUGCUGUCAAUGAGGAAACGCAAACAUUUGCUUAUUUGCAGUGCCAAAAACACUGAACCACAUCCUCUGCCGCGACUGAUAAGACAAAUUUGUAUAUCAUAUUGGUGGCAAAACCCACAGCAGCAUUUUUAAACAAUCUGAUAUAAUAAUAAUUUUAUAUAUUAUUUAUAUAUUAUUUAUAUAUUAUUUAUACCCUGCCCAUCUGGCUGGGUUUCCCCAGCUACUCUGGGCAGCUUUCAACAGAAUAUUAAAAUACAAUAGUCUAUUAAACAUUAAAAGCUUCCCUAAACAGGGCUGCCUUCAGAUGUCUUCUAAAAGUCUGGUAGUUGUUUUUCUCUUUGACAUCUGGUGGGAGGGUGUUCCACAGGGCGGGUGCCACUACCGAGAAGGCCCUUUGCCUGGUUCCCUGUGACUUGGCUUCUCGCAGCGAGGGAACCGCCAGAAGGCCCUUGGCACUGGACCUCAGUGUCCGGGCAGAACGAUGGGGGUGCAGAUGCUCCUUCAGGUAUACUGGACCAAGGCCGUUUAGGCCUUUAAAGGUCAGCACCAACACUUUGAAUUGUGCUCAGAAAUGUACUGGGAGCCAGUGUAGGUCUUUCAAGACUAGUGUUAUGUGGUCUCGGCGGCCACUCCCAAUCACCAGUCUAGCUGCUGCAUUCUGGAUUAGUUGUAGUUGUCUGGAUUAGCUAACACAUACAGGUCACGAGGUCUUACUAUUGGCUUGUAAAUUUUUGAUCAAACCAUAUCCUGGGUUCGUUGGUAGAAGAAUACCUAAAAAACAAGUUGAGUUGCAUUGAUCAAUUGUUAAUAGAUUUUACCGCUAACUAUCAACCGAGGUAUCUAUAUCAGGAAUAAACGCUUUUGAGCUUAACUCCUCCUUUUAGGAAUAAUCCUGCCAUACAUUUUCAGGGUGUAUGGGUGUUAGGGGAGGGGCAUUACUUUUGGCGGGGGUCACAUUGUGCUUCUUCUGGGGUAGUUUGUACACCUUUGGUCCCCAUCCUGCACUCAGUUCUCACCUGUGGCUCUUAGAAGCUGUCAGCAUGCAGCAGCAGCCACACCUUGGGAAAUUGCUUUGACUGGCCAGCUAAACCAGGUGAGGGUAGCCGAUGGGUCUCAAACCCUCGGUGAGUUAGGGACUUUCCCCUGCAUGUGAAAAUGCAGCCUCCAAAAUGUCUUGGACCAACCCAUGUCAAUCUACCCUUGGGAUGAUUGUGUGACUGUUCCAUUAUUCUUUUAAAAGUUGGAUUUUCUUCUGUUGGGGGGUGGGGGGCAGAGUAUGGAAUGAGCAUAGGGGAAACAUCAGUACGUCAUACAGAUGCCCUGUAAAAAGUAAGUGAACAAAGUAUGGAAAUUCUGCGCUAAAUGUCUAUUGGGCAAACAGUUCUGGUACUUGAUAUGUCAAGACUGGGUGGGACAACAUUAGCUUUGCUACAAUCCUUUCAGUAUACAAGGAACCCGUUCUAGGAAGACAAUUGCACUGCACAAGCUCAGAAGCUUUUUUUUACGUUCUUAGCCAGAGAAAAAUACUCCCAGAAAAGGAACUCAGUUUGUUGUGCUGUCUCAUAUUACAAACUGGAGCCAAAACCAGGCAAAUAGGUGAUUUGACAACAUAGCAAACUAACAUAUGCUACUGCUUUUCAAGUCACAAACUUGGCUAUGCUCCUGUUAAGACUAAAAGAAGCUAGGGAUUUAAACUUCCCUUCACUUCUAUUCACUGACAGAGAAACACACCUUUCUGAGCAGUUUCAAAUGUAGAGGGGACAGGAGGUACAAGCAUCUGUGUUGUGUAAAUAGUUCAAGUGUGAUCAAUCUACAGGGAAACAGAAAACACAAUAUAUUUUCACUUACUACUCUCGCAGAACUCAUGUCCUGACUCAGCUUAUUAUUUAGAGGGAGCAGAAUUUGAAUGUUUUGCUUUGCUUAUGCCUCUUCUCUUCACUAGCCCUAUACAUUGUGAUGCUCCCUUUACUGUUGCUUCCUCCCCAUUCUCUGGUUUUUGUGUAUAUGCAUGUUAUGGAACACAAGUAACUUGCAUGAGGCAGCAGAGGAUGGUUGAGUGGGCAUAUGAAUGAUGCACACAGACCUCUUAUUCCCUAACAACCCUUGUAUUACUUACGUGCAUAAGUGGGAGAAGAGGGGACAAACAGGGCUCUGUGCAUGGCCACAGUGGACUAGGUCAUGCGCAAAAUGUAAUGUGCAAAGUACCUCUCAGGCUCGUUAAUGCUGGAUGUCUUAGUGCUAUACUUCUGUCAUAACAGAAUAUUACACUUGGGGAUUUCAGAGUUUGCAUUUUCUCUGUUUAUCUUUGUUAAAAGGUAAGCACCACAUUGAUCUGCUAAAGCUGGGUUUGUUUUGUUUUGCUUCUUGCAUAUCUUAAGGCACAGAUAUCAUAGUUAAAAGAAAUAGUCUAGAGAAAAGCAUGUUAAUAUUCAUUUCCAUUGCCGCUUAGAGAUUGUGUUUUGGGCUUUCAACUGUGUGUUUACUGAGAAAAUAGAGGGGCUAAGCAUCUUUGCAGCAAAUGAGGAGUUUUAAAUUUUCUGUUUUAACUUUGAGCUGUUCCAUAUAGAAUAUGUAUUUACUUACCCCAGAUGCUAAAGUGGGAGCUAGUAGUUACAGGUUUCCCCCCCAAAUAUUUUAGAGUCUUGGGUAAAAAACAAACUGUACAGUUUCAUCCUUUGUACAUAAGUGUUCAGCAGACUUUCCUCCUCAGGCUGAAGCUUUGAAGUUGGUUUAAUAGCAGAAGCUAUUUGCAGGGAUGGCAGUCCACUAACAGCUCAGUGAAAGAAGCAGUGUUUCUGGCCAGCAUCCACACAAUUAAAAUGGUGCAAUCUACAAGCCAUCAUCUGAAAUAAAUGAGAGUGAAGUCAUUGUAUAACAGGAUCAAUGUUUCUUGCUUUUGAAAAUGAAAAUCUUACAUUUCACCUCAGUUAUGUUCUGUGUCUAUUUGUGGAACAGCAAGACUCCAAGACAACAGCAAGCCACAAGUCAAUGAUGUAUUCAUUGAUGUUUUUGCUCACAGUUGGUCUGUAUAUGUCACUCUUGAGAUCAAAGAUGCUGUGCUUUCUUCCUCUCUUAGUUUUGCUUCUUUGGUCUUGUGCCCCCUCCCCACUGCUUGCUGUGGAUAGAGUCCAUGCCCUAUAUCCUCCCCACACUGCAUAAUGCAGUGGGAUAGAGUGCUGGCAUUGUGCAUGAGGAAAUUGUGUUUCACAGUUUCCACUUGCCUAAGAAGACUGCUGAGUGGCCUUGGGCAAAUUGUGUUACCUCUCAGUCUAAAUAACCUUACUUGACUAUUGUAGUUCUCAAAGGCUGAUUUGGAGAAAGGAAUGCAAUAGAAAUGUAACAUAUAAAAAGAAAUUGAUAAAAAAAAACCAGGCACAGUUCAGUAAGAGCCGACAUAGAACACCUAGUAUCCUUUAUAACACUUGACAUGCUGCAAGCCCUUCUUAAGUGGUUAUGUUAUUAUAUACUGUAUUUUAGGACUUCCGGGUCAGCGCCAUUGGUGAAUGGCGGAGUUCCUCCGAUCGGAGGAACGGGCUCCGUGGAAACUGGGUCUUCCCACCGCGGCGAAGGUGGGGACCCGCUAGAAAUCCCAGGCGGAGGAAGCCUGGGAACGUGGGGUUCGGCAGGGCACCAGAAGCGCCCCCCUACUCGCGGGGAAUCCCAUCUAGGGGCUCCGGAGCGAAGUGGGGUGAGAAGCGCGGUGCUACGAACUGACUGCUACUUUCACGGAGUGAAGCCGCACAGCCAUUGCCAGAGAGCGCUGACUUUUCCUGUGGACAAUUGGACUUAAAACAAGUACCCGUGAGUAGAAACGGAAAAUUGGAUCAAGAAAUUGUUUAAUUUGGUAUCGAAGCGGGAAGGUGCAAACAGGAAGUCCGCCUUCCGCUUUUUGUAUAUAGACUAAAGCAAAAAUUUUGCAAGCUAAAGCCGGGAAGCUGUCAAAAAAGACUAAAUUUCCUUCAUUCAGAAUCACUGAAACCCCCCUUGGAAGCAGGAGAAAAGGGGGGGGGGACUCUGUUUAACCCUAGCAGGAGAGGGAGUGAAGAAGGAUAAGUUUCCACCGUCUCUAACCUGGGAACGGGGUGUCAGAGACAGAAACUGUUGGAGAGGUUCAUUGACUGUGAACGUAAUACUUUGACAGAUAGCUAAUGAAGAGAAACAAGUUGAUUCUAAUGUUGCCUUUUGCAUUUUAAAGAAACAAAAUACCUGAAAAACAUCUGAAAUAUCUGAAAAAUGAAAGUAACUUUCCUUUGUCUUCAAAAAAAAAAUGGAUACAAAUAGAUUGUCUCCUCUAGAGGGAGCUUGCUAAAUUGUUGCUGUAGUAUAUUUGAGACCCAACAUCUGUGAGAUUAAGACCGUGGGAACAGUCUUUUCUGACCUUGAACAAAGAUGAGCUGGGAGGAAGACUGGGUGCUUGCUUUAUGCAAGACAAAUGCUUUGCUGGAACAGAUGCAUGAGAAGAUGGACUUGAUGAAUGAGACUUUGACUGUUGUGGUUAAUAACUGUGGACAAACAGGGAACAUUGAUACAGAAAUCAUUCAGGAACCAACCUAUGAAUCUGUACUGACUGGGCAAGUGCAGAUGAUAAUGGAGGAGGAUGCGGCUGCACCUCAAAUAGUACAAAUGGAGAGACCCGAGGCCCUACAGGAGCAUAAGCCGCUGUUAUUGAAGAUUGAAGUUGGAGUGGGCCAAGGGGAGUCUGGAGAUGAGGAGGUUCCUAGCUUUGGAGAGAUCUUGAAAUUUGAUUUUAAAUACAUUUUGGAUUAUAUCGAGGACUGUGGGGAGUGGGACUGUGGGGAAUGGGCGAGCUGGAUGAAGGGUGAUGGAGACAAUUUUGGGUUGGAAUCCCCAGAGACCUACUCCUCAAUGAGAAAGGAAAGAAACUAAGACAGAGACCAACAAAAGACAAGGAAAAGGGCAAGCACAAACAAGAUGAAGAAGAAUUGCAGAAGGGACAUGGAAGAGACUUAAGGGCCUCGGACAUAAGGCUUCCAGGUUGAUGGACUAGAUGGAAUGGACAGUAAGGACUGACACGACCCGAGACCAGGAAGAAGAGACGCUGGAUGAUGAUUGGAAGAGAAUUUAUAAUGGAAAUUUUUUAUUUUAGAAUCAGCUUAAUGAAUAUUAGGGAAAAUGUGGGAAUGAAACUAUACGACUCUAGCAGAAAUGAUAUCAGGAGCUAUGUAUAUUUGAAAACUAAGAUUUAAGUCUUAAGGUACUUAGGGGUAAGAUAAGGUUAAAUAAAUUAAGGUAAUUUGAAUAACAGAAUAUGGGGAAAGAUGGAAAGGACUUGUUGAGUUAAUUAUUAGGUUAAAUUGUUAAAAUAAAUUUUAUAACAAAAAUUGAGAAAGAUGGAAAGAAUUUGCUGAAAUAAUUACUAAACUAGAAUACAAAAAGGGAGGUGUGAGGAGGUCAAUGAAACAAGCAAAUGGAAAUUAUGGAUAUGCAAUUUGGGAUUUGUGUUUUUUUUUCUUUUCCUUUUUUCUUCUUUUUUAUUUUCUUUUGCUGUAUUGUCGUAUUGGUUUUUAUAUUUUGUGCUUUUCUCUUUUUUUUCUUUUUUCUUUUUUUGUAUUGUAGUGUUGUUUUUUAUUUUUUAUUUUUCUUGUAAUCCUGAAAUUAUCAAUAAAUAUUAUUUUUUUUAAAAAAAUAUUAUCUACCGUAUUUUAAAAUAUUUAAAAAUACAAGCAAGUGGUGCUCUGCAACAAAAUGUUGCUGUGCACUCCUGGUGUGUAUGUGUCACCUGAGCCUAGGGAGGUUGAAAAAAAAAAGUUAGCAGAAAAGAUCUUUGCUCUACCUUGGUUUUCUUUCUGAAGAAGAAAACAUAUUUGAUUUGUUUUUAAGAGUUCUGGAACAUUUCAAAGGACCAACCCUCAUGCAAGUCAAUGGAAUCUGAGGCUUAUGUGUGCUUGAUUUGGCCUAGGAAGAGGUCUGAGGGGGAGCAAUUUCAAUAAAUUGACCUUUUUGCCACCUGAAAGGUAUGGGGGAUCCUAAACUGUGAAUCCCAACCAAACUCAGCCUCAGCAUUGACCUCCGCAGUGGAACAGGAUUCUCACACCCACAAUUUAGUAUUGAUUCGUUCCGUUUAUAGACAGCUCUGUACUAUGAUUGCAAGGCAGUUCGCAAUAAAUCAAUGAAACUGUAAAAUGCAAAUCAGUACAAACAGCACUCUGUACAAUGCCAAAAUAAAUUAAUAAAUCCAUAAAAUUUGUGACUGAUUAUUUCAGCAGACCGCUCAUGUCACCCAGCACAAACCAAACAUCAGCAUAUCACAGAUUUUCCUUGGUUUCCCAAAAAGGGAAUUAGGAGGCCAACCAGAGUGCUGUCGGAUGCAGUGCUGGGGGCUGCUGCUGAGAUGGGAACCUGUGAAAAUUGCCCUCCCCUGCCCCUUUUCCAGCUAAGAAUGCAGGAGCCUCUGCUGCUAUCAAUCAACUGAUACAUACACUCUUUAUGACUAAUCUAUAGGAUAGAUAUAGAGCUGAGGUUGGGGGUUCAGCUCCUGACCUUAAAUGUCCUUUUGUGCUGCAGCUUAUAAUAGACUCUUGUGUAAAUCACAAAGGGGGGAAAAGGGAAUGAGUAAACUAAUCCAUAGUAAUGUGGAGCAGAAGGAAACUAAAGUAUAAAUAUGCAAACACUCCUUUUAAUGCCACUUGUGAUGCAAAGAAGUAAAUAGGGAUUUGAAAUAAUCUGAUGCUGUGGAGGUGCUCUGAGGUUUGAAGAUGACUGAGGAGGGGGAUGGAUGUGACUGACGCAUUAUAAAUUUAUACAUAAUUUAAAAAUACAUUUCAUAAAAGGAAAUACAUAUUACUAGCUUUCAGUUAGUCUAAUACUGUAGCAGAUAAGUUUGGUAUGUGAGCAGUGCUUUUUUUCAGCCGGAGUGCAGUUCCGGCACCUCUCAGGUAGGCACCAUUGCUGCCAGUGCUCCCCCUGGUAAAUAAUAAUAAUAAUAAAUGAUUUCAAACUCUUCUUCAUAUUAUACCUCCAGUUGUUGUUGUUUUUUUUACUCUUUAUAGUAAUAUUGUUGAUGGAGUGGUUGUAUUUUUAUUUUGCUGUAAAGGUAGUUUAACUAUACAUACAAUAUUAAAGAUUGUUGAGAACUUGCCUAUAAUGCACAGGAUGUAAUAUCCUAUAAUAGUCUCAAUGCUAAUGGAAGUGUGGUGUUAAAUCAGCUUAGGCAAAAAAGUUUGCAGAUUCUUCUAAGAAUAACUGCUAUUGUGGGUUGACUUUGUGUAAGAGUGUUUUCACAUAGCUGGUCAACUUUUGACGUUUAAGUUAAUAAUAUAUAAUUUCUUUAUGAAGCCACAGAUUGCCUUGCACCUGUUGUUGAAGAUGCAGAGGUUCAUAACAAGACAUACGGGACUGGAGAUAAAUUAAUAAUCAGCUGUCAUGAAGGAUUCCAGAUCCGUUACCCUGAUUUAGACAACAUGGUUUCAGUGUGUCAAGACGAUGGAACGUGGGAUAAUCUGCCCAUUUGUCAAGGUUUAGUACACCAGAACAUCCUCUUUUAUAGACCUUACGCCUUGUCUCAGUGUAACUUGCCUAUUUAUCUUUCUUAUUUCUUCUUUCUUUUACUGCUGAAAGAGAUAAUGGUUACCUAUAGUUCUUAGUACAGUAAUACAGUACCUUUUGCCAAAUGACUUUUUUUUCAAUGAACAUGGGCAAAAAACAUAUUUGCAUACCACUUGGUUUAGUACAAAGGUAGGGAACCUCAGCUCAGCACUCUGGCCACUCUGGCCAGUCUUCAUGACUCUGCCCAGGCCAUGCUCAGUCCCAAGGCCCUACCGCUCUCCCUACACACUGUACUGGGCAUUCCUCAAAUACUCUUGCCCGGCUGCAAGGUGUCCUUGAACUGUGGCAGUGUCUUCUGCUUGCCUGGAUGGAGGAUGCAGGGAGCGGGCUAGUGUGUGGAUAGAAACCUCUGGCUUUUGAGUCGUUGAAAUGUAGCUUUACUAUACAAAGGAAAAAGUAACAUCCAUUAUUUUGUCCAUUUAUAUCUCUGGCCACAUCCAUUUUUAUGUCUUGCACCAACCACAGGUGUGAAAAAAAAAUUCAACUUCUGUUUUAGGAUGACCACUUGCACAUCACCGCAGAAGAUAAAAUGCCCCCUAAAGAGUGGAUGGAAGAUGUUAGAUUUGUAUAAAGUUUGCAUAUGCCUACUGUACACUGAAGGGACGUGGGUGGCGCUGUGGGUUAAACCACAGAGCCUAGGGCUUGCUGAUCAGAAGGUUGGUGGUUUGAGUGAGCUCCCGUUGCUUGGUCCCAGCUCCUGCCAACCUAGCAGUUCAAAAGCACAUCAAAGUGCAAGUAGAUAAAUAGGUAUUGCUCCGACGGGAAGGUAAAUGGCGUUUCCGUGUGCUGCACUGGUUUGCCAGAAGCGGCUUAGUCAUGCUGGCCACAUGACCCGGAAGCUGUACGCCGGCUCCCUCGGCCAAUAAAGUGAGAUGAGCACCGCAACCCCAGAGUCGUCCGCGACUGGACCUAAUGGUCAGGGGUCCCUUUACCUUUACUGUACACUGAAUAACUUUUCUGCAUAUAUAUUUAGAGAAUAGUUCUAGCUACAUUUUAGUUGCCCCUGUUGCUAGACAGGGAAAGCUUUAUUUUAAGGUGUGGACUGCUUUGUUUUAGGUUUUAAACUUUUUAAAAGGUUUCAGAUUUUACUUUUGGUGGAGUUAUGCAGUGCCUAUUAUGCUUUCCUGCCAUAAGUGAAAAUGAGCAGAUAUAUUUUAUUUUAAAAGUCUUGGGGUGCAGGUAAGGAAAAAGUGAGCCCUAAGGCAUGCUCCCAUUCUCUCCUUCAGUGUGAGGGAAGCAACCUCUUGUUCUUUUCCUAGAAGGGAGAGGUGUUUGUAUUUUUGCUUAUAAAAUCUAUUUAUAGACUGCCUUUUUAGGUAUAGCCCACUCAAGGCACCCUAUGUAUCAUAAAAACACAAUACAGUUUUAAAACACAGCUAUAUAAUUAAAAUGGCAACUGUACAAACUUUUUAAAAACACAGUUCGGUUAAAAAUAACUAGCUGUGCAGAUUCUCGCUGCUAAAGAGCUAUACUUCUUAAUGUAGCUUUCUAUUUUAAGCUUAUAAAAUAAAGACUUAAAAGGGGGGGGGGAAGGCUGCCUGAAAUAAACCCUCCUAUGAAUUUGAGAAGUUGAGGCAAUCUCCAUUUCCACGGGGAGAGCGCUCCAUAAACUGGGGCAACCACAAAUAAGGCCUUCUCUCCCAUGGCACUGACCAAGGAAACAAAGAUGAGCAAAUAUUCGUGCUUGGGAAAGACCCAUUUGGGUGUAAGUCCUUCAAAUAACUUGGUCCCCAAUUGUACUUUAGGUCAAAACCUACACUUUCAUUUGGUCCUGGAAACACAAAGCUGGUGAAGAACUGGUUUUACAUACUCUGAUCACCAACAUCAAGGUGGCAGCAUUCCUUUGCAGUUAAGUUUCUGUACUUUAAAGGCAGCCCCACGUGUCCAGAAAAAGAAAGUUGCAUAUUUCUGAAGCGGCCUGCAAGAAUGCCUUCAUGUCAGUUAUAAGCAUCUGCACAGUCGGGGUGGUGGUAAGAAUGUAUUCUUGGUGUCUAGGAAAAUUUUGUAGCAUAAGGAGGAGAGGUGGUUUCUGAGGUAAAUCUGGAGCUUGUAUCAUGCUGUGGAAUUGGAUGCCAGUGCAGAUAGAUGACUGACAUUCCCAUCCAUGUCAGGUGGGGAUCUGCUAUGCCCUGUUAGCUAAAGUUUCCAAGCAGGGCAAAUUACAAUAAAUGGGCUACGGUUGGCUGAGGGGGCACAAAUUGCACUACGACUAGAUGCAAAAUAAUAGACAAAGCCAUAGUGCCUUUUGACACUGUAAGCAAACUUAAACCAAGUGCACACCUCAAAACAGAUAAUAUAUUGUUGUGUGUGUUUAAUGGCAAAGUCACAAAAGUCACAGAAUUAAGUACAUUUUUGGUAUGUUCACAUAGGGUUGUAUUGGAUUAAUUUCUACUCAUAGUAGAUCCACUGAAAUGAAUUGACUGAAGUUAGUUUUGUCUAUUAACUUCAAUGGAAAUACUUUGACUAUGAUGGCUAACACUGGGUGCAACCUAUAAGUUCCUAUUUGAAAUAUCCUCAUUGGGGAUCUUUUGUUGCCAGCUAAAAAUAUGUUGGUGUAUGGCUGUAAGAGUACAUUAAAUUUAUUAUAUUAAAUGAAGCUCAGAAUAGGAGGCCCACAAAAUGCACGUGGUGCUCAUUGAGAUCGUUUUACGAAUCUUUGAGCCUGUUUUGUUUGGUGGAGAAAGUAAGAAUAAAGUUUGCUGCCCACUAAAAAGCUCUCCUUCCAAGCAGUAUUCAUUUGCUUGCCUAAUAUUUAGCUAGUGGGUAACUGUGGAAGCUUCUUAGUGUGGAUGUUCAGACCCAUUGCAACUAGUUGGAACUUGCCAAUAUUCCUUUCUUAACUGCAUGCACCGAUUACAAUAUAUAUAAGAUGCUGAGUAUCACACCUUUGAAGUGAACAAGCAAUUGUUUGGAUAAGUAUCGGUCUAAAAAUGAAGGAUUCCAUGUGAAAAAGAAUAAUUAUUAAACUAGAAACUGAAGGGGAGGGGCAGAAUGUAGUAAAAGAGAAAAUACUGCCAUUUUUAGUUAAUCCUAUGCUGAUUUUGCAGACAGUAUAUUGUAAUUUGCUACAGCUGUACGCUAAACAAUUAGGAGUAGUGAUCUGGCACAUUGCGGGGUGAAUCUGAGAGUCGAGUCAGAUGAGCAGAAGUAACAUUCACUGUGGGGAGAGAAGGGAAUAUAUAUUUUAGCCUGAUAGCUGUAAUUGGGAUAUUUUAAAAAUAAGCUUCUCAUAAUAAGAUACCUCCUUCUUCUUAAUUUGCAGGUUGCCUGAGGCCAUUGGUUCUUCCUCAUAGUUACAUUAACAUAUCUGAGUUCGAGUCCUCCUUCCCAGUAGGAACUAUGAUAUAUUUUCAGUGCUUUCCUGGAUAUAAACUAGAGGGGACAGAGUUCCUUGAGUGCAUGUAUAACCUUAUCUGGUCAGAUAGCCCACCUAGGUGCCUUGAUGUGGAAGGUAAAACAUCUUAUAUCUUUUUAAAAUAUUUAUUACUUGUCAGAUAAUAUCUGGUAUAUUUUUUACUUCAUUUAAUGACUUUCCACUUCACCUUUCUCUAGAGCCAAACUUAGAUGUUCCAUUCACACAAUUAACUAUUAUGUGGAAGGUUUUUUAAAAGUAAAUUGCAGGUGUUGGGGUGGGGGAUCCAAAACUGGGACCAGUCUGACAUGGGAGGAAAAAAGCCCCUUAACCCUCUCACUGCUGCUGCAGUGCCAAUUCAGGUCACCCCCCCGCCUUCUAUUUGCAGCAGCGGGAGGCCCCAUUAGCUAAAGUGGUGCUUCAGGUUAAGUACAGUUUCAGAUUAAGAACGGACCUCUGGAACGAAUUAAGUACUUAACCCGAGGUACCACUGUAUUUUCAUUCUGAAGUGGUACAAUUCCAAGGGGACUGGACACCACUUGAUUCUUCUGAAUAUGACCCCCGCCCCGGGUUAACUAUCCUGAAUGUAUUUAUUGUCUCUAUUCCCCCCACCCUGCCCGCAUUUGUUCUCACCUGUUUUUUUUAUCAAAAUGUGUGCCCAUGACCCUCUCACAUUCUUUGCAGUGCCUCAUUGAAAACAUGCCCAUGAGAACAGACUGUUUCUGCUUUUCCUCUAUCCUUCAGUCUUUCCGCCAAUUGGCAUUUCUUGACAAGUCCAGCAAAUAUGAGUCCUUGCCUGAAUAGUAAUAACAUUAAUGUAGUUUAUUCUGAGGUACAAACAAAUGCCCUUAAAAUACACUGCUUUUUUUGAAAUUUAAAUGUGAAUGUAUAAAAAAAGAUUGCUUCCAUUUAAACUUUGCUGAGAAUAUGUCCUCCUCAGUCAUGGCAUCUGAAAUAAUAUUCCUGGUUUCCAGGAUCAUUUCUCAAGCCUAUUCCAAGAAUUUGUAGUGCAUUAUCUACUUCCUAACCUUCCAGUACAUAGGCCAAUGGGGGGGGGGGUGGAGAUUGCAUAUCACUUCCAAUCAUUCAACAAUUUCAUACAUCUAAGUUUCUUCAAAACCCUGGAUGAAACAGUAUCUGAUCCUGGUGAAUUAUUGCUUUUGGACCUAUUGAUUUGCUCUGAAACCUUUUUCUGCAGGAACUUCUAUUAGUGAUAGUGUUCAGCACAACUAACCAACUGAAAAGAAUUGCCCUAUGUAUGUGCUCACUUUUGUGUGAAGAUGGAGGGAUCAUGUUCACUGACACUGUGUUGAACUGUAUCACUUUCAGUCCUAUAGAAGGAGCAUGACAGUCUUACAAUGUAAUAUCUUGGCAAUAUGUCUUCAGUGUUGCUUUUCCUUGGUUUGUUGCCCUUCAGUAGUCCGAAGCCCCCAUUGAUUCUCUGACAUCUUUCCUUCCUCUUCUUUUGUAACUGUAUUUUAUUGGUUUUCAGAGAGUUUACAAAAAGCAAACAGUAUAAACAACUCUGGGGUUCUACAGAUAAUGAUAAUACAAGUAGUAAAAAAACCUUGUCUUAAACAUAUGCAUUGUCGAAUAGAAAAAUGAGUACCUGUGACUGAUUUUCUGUGUCCCAAUUGUCAAACUUCGCCAAAAGGAGAUUUGAGCAAGCAGGGUGUGGAAAUUAAAACUCUAUUGAUACUUCUUUCUAACUUAAUACCCAUGCAGUUUAUUCUUGUUUGUGCACGUAAUACUAAGUUACAGUUUAGUGUGCUGUACAAACAACACACCUGUGAAAUUUGUUCAGAGCCUCUGCUUGGCUUCUAAAAACGAAUAGUGUGUCUGUGAUAGAGGGGCGGGGUUGUUCUUUUCCUUUAGCCCCUGGCUCCAGAAAUUAUGUUUGUUAUUUCCUUGUUAUGUUCCUAAAUAUGGACAGAUGGGGGAAAGUUACUUCCUGUGGUUAGUGGUGAGAAGGGAGGGUACAGGCAGCAGGUUUAAGUUGGAAGAUGGAUCAAUUAAGGUUUUAAUAACCAGGAAAAAUUGUCUAUCAAGAAUGGUUUGGCAGAGGAACAAAUGUUCAUGUGAACAUGUAGAUUUUCAGCACUGGAGGCUUUUAAAAAAGGAUAAUUAGAUGAUCUGUCAGGAAUGAUUUGGAUAUAAUUGGUAUUGCUGAAGGUCAAGAAAAUUGGUUUAGUUGGCCUUUACCGUGUCAAUUUUUUAUCUUGAUCUGUGCAUUAACACUGGUGCAAAUAUUUAUGGAAUUACACCUGUAUUGUAUUGCUGCUUGUUGCUUGUAUAUACAUACACAAAUGCUCGGUAUUAACAGAUAAGUGCAAAGUAUUUUGUAUGUAGAAUAAAAACACUGGAGAUAAGAAGAAUUUUCAAAAUCUGCCUAGUUUAUGUAGGAUUCUUGCUUACUCUAUAAUAACAUGAUUGCAAGGUUAGUGUUUUUCUUCUUUCGGAGACAGUUUUUCACAUUUCAACUGGUAAUAAACCUAAAUAAAAUAAUACUGAGUUAGUGUCGCAUGAAUAAAAUGAAAUUAUAUUAUCAAUUUUUGAAGGCUGUCAUAUCUGUGCAUAUAAACACCCGAUUUGGUUGCCCCCCCAUCCACUCCAUUAUGGCAUCAUGGAAAGCAUAUUACUGCUAAGUAAUAGAAGUGUUGUGAAAUAUGCCAUACUGUAGUAAGUUUGCAAACACAUUUUUCCCCCUGUCUGUGGACAUUGUAGGCUUGUAUAGGCAGGGGACAGAGGCUGCAAAGUGACUCAUUCCUGUUGCAUAUCCUAACAGCAGUUCUCCCCCUCCCCACCUCUCCAUUGCUGAAUGUUUAUAAUGCUUGAAGCCAUGCACACAAUACAGUGCUAAGAGAACAAAAUAUUGGCUUGUUAUCUGCGUCUCCUUUUUAUGGCUUCUAUUCCAGUUUGAUAAUAGGGUUGUCAAACUAAAUCACUACUUUAUUCCUAGUGUCACCUGUGUGUUCUGUGUAGAAACCCCUUGGUACAAUUUCUAGUUAAUCAAAUCUCUAAGCAUCUUUUUUUUUUUUAAGCUGCAUUUUCUUCCCCAAAGUGUUGCAAUAAAUAUCUUUUGAAAAAUGCAUUUCCCCUCCUCCCUGGACUAUCAAAUUGUGCUAAAGGGUUAGGCAAUAAGAGAGAAGAGCUGGUUACUCCCUGAGGCCUGCCUUUUAAUAUUGAACUUACAUUUUAUGUAAGGAUAAGCAUGCUUGCUUUUUGUCAUGGAGGGAGAGCUGUAUUACUGUUUUGUAUCUUGGACCAUAUUGAUUGAUUGAGCACGAGGUCAGUGGAUAAAUCUUCUUUGCUUUAUUCCCACUAAAAGGUUUUGUACGUAUUAGAACAUGGGUAGGCAAACUAAGACCCAGGGCCCGGAUCCAGUCCAAUUGCCUUCUAAAUCCAGCUCGCGGGCGGUCUAGGAAUCAGCGUGUUUUUACAUGAAUAAAAUGUGUCCUUUUAUUUAAAAUGCAUCUCUGGGUUAUUUGUGGGGCCUGCCUGGUGUUUUUACAUGAGUAGAAUUUGUACUUUUAUUUAAAAUGUAUCUCUGGGUUAUUUGUGGGGCAUAGGAAUUCGUUCAUUCUUUUUUCAAAAUAUAGUCCGCCCCCCAUAAGGUCUGAGGGACAGUGGACUGACCCUUCUUGAAAAAGUUUGCUGACCCCUGUAUUAGAAGCUAUACUGUCAGUCAAAGCUUCAAACUCAGCUAACACAGAGAUUUAAAAGUCAAUAUUAUGCCAUUUAUAGUUACUUUUGAAUGAUACUCAGAUUAUUUCAUUUUCCAGACUGCUGCUGCUGUUACCACAGUGGUACUUCGUAACCUCUGGUUACGUACUUAAUUCAUACCAGAGCUCCGUUCUUAACCUGAAACUGUUCUUAACGUGAAGCACCACUUUAGCUAAUGGGGCCUCCUGCUGCCACUGCACCGCUGGAACAUGAUUUUUGUUCUCAUCCUGAAGCAAAGUUCUUAACCUGAAGCACUAUUUCUGGAUUAGCGGAGUCUGUAACCUGAAGUGUAUGUAACCCAAGAUACCACUGUACUUUAUUUAUUGCCUUAUACUAUGGGAUCUGAAGGCAAUUUAUAUCAUAGAACAGAAAACAUAAGAAUUGGUUCAAUUAAAUAAAACAACAAACUAAAAGUGAUCAUAUAUAAAUCCAAAGCAAUUUUAAACCUCCAACUGCCAUUACAGAUAUUUGUAUAAUUAGCAUUUUUUAAAAAACAGCUGUUAAGAGAGCCAUCAAGCCAUGGAACAUACAAAUUAACAGUAGGUGGUGGUUGCCUGAAUUCACUCAGUUUGGGGGUUAUGAUGGGGAGAGUGCCUGUCAUAAUCACCCACUUGAAUAAAUAAUUAUUCUCAAGCUUCCCUGCACCAACCCCAUUUUACAGCUUUCUCUGUGGUUUUAGGUGUGUGGUCUGGUUUUUAAUUAUAUUAAAUGUUGCAAAUGCUAGCAGUAAAUAAGGCACAAAAUCUAGUCAGAUUAGCCUUCUCCCAGUCAGAGGUUUGAGAGACUAAUCUUGGUACUUUGAAAUCUCUAUGGGAAGCUGAAGGGGAAAUGUCUGCUGUCCUUAUAUAACUUGUCUGUCAACAUUAGCAAUAGAUCCCCUAAUUUGAUGCGAUAUCUUUCCUUUCUAUUGUCCUUUCCCCUUCGUGCCCAUUCUUUGAGAGAAAUAGUGAGCCCCAUCUAGUCUAUAUUUCAACAGGGCUAUGAUUUUUCUCAAUAAAUGUUGACAACAUUGCUGUAAAAGAAUAGUUUAGUACUGUAUCUUUUGCUGCAGGAUGUUUGCUUCUUUUUAGUAGAUUGGAUUAAGUUCCACUUUAUUUGGUAUUACUGGAUAAAUUACAUUAUUGUUGUUUCAAUGCCUACACAGGAAUCUGCAUUUCUUCUAACUCCCAAAGCCUCAACAUUUUGGACUGCUCUGCUGCUUACAAAGCCCAUGGACCUAGAGAAACAUAGAUACCUAAAUAAACAAAGUUAUAUGGCACAGAAAAUUAUUGUUACAUACCACCCCAGUCUCCAUAGCAGGGUGAGAUUCCAGGGGGUCCAGGAGCUUCCUCAGAGUUAUAAAUGAUGUCCUUUGGAAAUUUCUGGGUGCAGAGGGUACAAGGUCUGUCACUCACAAAUUCACAACAGUAUAUAAGUAUAGCAAUGAGUCUCUCUCUCUUUCGCUCUCUCUCUCUCUCUCUGUGUGUAGGGGGUACUGACAUCACAUUUAGACUUGGUAGAGGGGUAGAGUUUACUGAAUCUGCUUAUCCAUCUUGUUUAUUCAGCUCACGCAUAGCCAGUACACACCCUUAUACCUCUAUACAGUUGGUUAGUACUUCGUCAAAUAACAGAAAAGACCAUGGCAGUAGUUUAGAUUUUGCUACUGUUAUUAUGUUUGUGCUAGAGGCAACUAAAUAUGGCAAUGCAGUCAUAUUAAUUAUUUAAUUAGGGAUGUUGUAUUUCUUAGGACAGUCUGUGGAAUGAUAUCUCUCUCCCACUCAGAGCAUCAGUCUCACAUGCAAGGAUGUUCCAACUUGCCUUGGCACACCUGAAUGAGUAUUCAGAUGCAAAUCUUGUACCCAGGUUGCUUGGAAUAUAAAUUGAGAUUUUAAAUUUAGAUUCCCAUUUCAUGGCUCUGGUAGCACUUUUUAAUACAGAGAUGUACAAUUUUUUUUUAAAAAAAAUUUGUUCUGCUUUAUUUCUUAAUGAAUAACAGCUUGCAUGAAUAACAUUCUACACUGCUUAGAAGGAUAGAAAAGAUUGAUUAGAACACAUUGUGACUUUAUAUACAGUACUUACAUUUUAAAAAAUGAAUCUUUUUUAUUUUAGAGACAAAUAUAUGUUUAAUUUUAUUAUGAAGCUCUGCUGCAUAAAGCUUUUUGUCCAGAAAACCAUUAUUUUAGAUUAUGAUCAAAAUACAUCAUUUGAUAUUUUCAAUUCUUAUCCACUCCUGAGUAUAUUUGAUUCAGUCUGACAGGUGUCAAGUACCACCAUCAACAAAACUUAGUGUUUGAUGUGGGGCAUUUUGCUGCACCCAGGCUGUGUACACACCAUAUAUUCAAAGCACAUGAAUCAUGGGAACUGUAGUUUACCCACCACUUCAGAGCUACAAUUCCCAACACCCUUAACAAACUACAGUUCUCAAAAGUCUUUGAGGAAGUCAUGUGCUUUAAAUAUAUAGUUUGUACACAGCCCCAAUUCUAUACAUCAUUUGAAAUAACAAGGUUCAUGUUUUGAAGCCAUGUUUUGAUAUGUAUUAAUGGAAAUAUCACAGCAACUAAUAAUUCCAUACAUUUUGCUCCAUAACCUUAACCUUUGUCCUUUUAUCAUUGCAUUUUCUAAAUCUGUAAUAUCCCAUAAUGGACCUUGUUUUUAAUCAAUUAUAUGUAAUGAAUAUUCUAUGGCAUCACAACAAUUGAGAAAAAUGCAUUUGACAAGGUUUUGGUCAUAGUGAGUGUGUUUGCACUAUAAUCUUGGAGGCAAAAGGAAUGGAACUGUAAACUUGAUAAACCAGAAUAAAAUUCGGUAUAAACUGCUGGAUGCAUCUGUCAGGAAGAAAGAUUCCCUCUGUUUGAGAUAAUAGGUUAGGCAGGACUUAUUUUGAAAAGCAUUCUAUAAUUCCAGAGUAUUUUGAACAGCAGUUUUCCAGUGCAUUGUAAUACAGCAGCUAAUCUGGAUUUGAGAGGAAUGUAAUGCCUUUUUAUUCAAAGGCUCUAAAACAUUUUUGAAGGAUGAUAAACCUCACGAAAGGAAACAAAGGUUUAAGGAGCAAGGGCUCCUGUGCAUUUCCUCCGCUAAUAAAAUAGAUUAUCUGGUUGGUUCUAAACCCAUGCAGGCAGAUCUCUUGCCGAACUUGAAUUGCUUUUUCUGCUGCCAUCUGCUUCUUUUGUACAGAGGAAAGAUGCUUUUAGAUCACAAUGCCUGGUAAAAUCAGAAUGAAGACCAAAAGUGGCCCAUUAUCUCCUAGAUACCUUCUCAAGAAGACAAAAAAUAUACUUCCCUUUUUAAUGGGUAAUAGAUUAGGAAAGUACCCUACAGUCUGUGGGACAGUAAUAGCAGUGGUGGUUUUUUCAUAAGUACAACAAGAGGGCACUAGCUCACCAGCAGCAAUCAGUCUCCCGCUUCCCUGCAGAGCAGGGGUCAGCAACCUUUUUCAGCCAUGGGCCGGUCCACCAUCCCUCAGACCAUAUGGUGGGCCGGACUAUAUUUUUGGGGGGGGAAAUGAACGAAUUGCUAUGCCCCACAAAUAACCCAGGGAUGCAUUUUAAAUAAAAGCACACAUUCUACUCAUGUAAAAACACACUGAUUCCCGGACCCUCCGUGGGCCAGAUUGAGAAGGUGAUUGGGCCGUAUCUGGUCCACGGGCCUUAGGUUGCCUACCCCUGCUCCAGAACUUAAACUCUCCCCUUCUUCCAUGUCAUGAUCACUCUCUCUCUCUCUCUUUUUAAUGUGAUAUCCCGCAUUUCACUCCCUUUAAGGAGUCUCAAAGCGACUAACAUUCUCCUUUCCCUUCCUCCCCCACAACAAACACUCCGUGAGGUGAGUGGGGCUGAGAGACUUCAAAGAAGUGUGACUGGUCACCCAGCAGCUGCAUGUGGAGGAGCGGAGACGCGAACCCAGUUCCCCAAAUUACGAGACUACCGCUCUUAACCACUACACCACACUGGCUCUCUGCAUGUCUUUCUGCUUUGGAGUCUCUGUUGCUUGACCUGGCACUGCCCCAUUACUCUCCAGGGAAAGGGAAGGAUGUACUGUAUUUCAGAAAAAAAUAGCGUUGUGAUUCUUUCCUUGAUGCUGGAAACACCUAGCCAGUCUGGAUGACACAGUUAUUUCCUGCACUUUGCAUUCUUCUUCCAGACAGAUUCCCACAACAGAUCCACAGGAAGCUCUUCAAAAAUAUCUCCACCUAUCUUAUUCUGAUUGUGGCCCAGGGCUAAUAAGAAGAAGAAGAAGAAGAGUUUGGAUUUGAUAUCCCGCCUUUCACUCCCCUUCAGGAGUCUCAAAGCGGCUAACAAUCUCCUUUUCCCUUCCUCCCCCACAACAAACACUCUGUGAGGUGAGUGGGGCUGAGAGACUUCAGAGAAGUGUGACUGGCCCAAGGUCACCCAGCAGCUGCAUGUGGAGGAGCGGAGACGCGAACCCGGUUCCCCAGAUUAUGAGACUACCGCUCUUAACCACUACACCACACUGGAGCCAGCUGGGUCAGGCCAGUGGCCCAGUGAUAAGUCCACCAUCCUGUUCUCACAGUGGCCAACCAGAUGCCUGUAGGAAGCCCCACAAGCAGGACCCAAGCACAAGAGCACUCUUUUCUCUACGGUUUCCAGCAACUGGUAUUCAGAAGCACUGCUCCCUCUGACCAAAUCAGAAUUCAUGCAGGAUGCUUCAACCGAUCACUGCUGCAUUUUAGUUGUGAAACUGAUAGCCAACACUCCACUUUGGAGAGGCAGGUGGUGCUGAAUUCAUUGAAAGCAGGAGCAGGGGGGAACCACGACAAGAUCAUGUUGGUUUCAGUGUUUCACUGCAAGACAGCACCUUCCUUUCUAGCAAUGCAGCACAAAAAAGUCCCCAGCCCCACCUUUUAGCCAAGCCCCACCUUUUAGCCAAUUUCUGCCACCUCCCAGCCCUUUGUAUUGCACUUCCUUCCCCUUCUCAUCCCUUAAAAGCUGCUGCUUCUUUCCCUCCCCUUCUUCAAUCUCUUUCUCACCACCACUUAAACUACUCUGUCCAGUGUGUCCUGCCUACCGCUGGCGCCACCUGCUGUAAGCUGCCCUGUCAUUUCUCCCACCAGCCCUAGCAGGCAGCAGCUUUCAAUGUACAGUGGUUGUUGUUUAGUCGUUUAGUCGUGUCCGACUCUUCGUGACCCCAUGGACCAGAGCACGCCAGGCACUCCUGUCUUCCACUGCCUCCCGCAGUUUGGUCAGACUCAUGCUGGUAGCUUUGAGAACACUGUCCAACCGUCUCGUCCUCUGUCGUCCCCUUCUCCUUGUGCCCUCCAUCUUUCCCAGCAUCAGGGUCUUUUCCAGGGAGUCUUCUCUUCUCAUGAGGUGGCCAAAGUAUUGGAGCCUCAGCUUCACGAUCUGUCCUUGCAGUGAGCACUCAGGGCUGAUUUCCUUAAGAAUGGAUACGUUUGAUCUUCUUGCAGUCCAUGGGACUCUCAAGAGUCUCUUCCAACACCAUAAUUCAAAAGCAUCAAUUCUUCGGCGAUCAGCCUUCUUUAUGGUCCAGCUCUCACUUCCAUACUUCACUACUGGGAAAACCAUGGCUUUAACUAUACGGACCUUUGUUGGUAAACCCGAGGUACCACUGUAUAAUAAUAAACGCUACUAAUGAGCUCAGGGUUUUUGCAGGUUAUGUAGCCAAAACAGGGCUAGGUUUGUAGAAGUUGAAAAAUGCUUAUGAAUACAGCCUAAGGGGGCAGCCCCCCUCCCCCCGCCGCAAAACAACAACAACAAAAAACCUCAGCCCAAUGGAGGAUUCACUCCCCAAGGAAGCAGUGAUGGCCACAAACUUAGAUGGCUUAAAAGGCUCAGACCAACUCAUGGAAGAUAGAGCUAUCAACAGCUAUAUUCUAUCUCCACUGGGAAUCAUGGGAGGGCUUACCGCUGUGGCAACAGGAUGCUGGUCUAGAAGGACCAUUGGCCCAAUCCAGUAGGCUCAUCUUGCAUUCUUGUGACUGAGCAUGCUCAGUGUUACACAAUACAAAGUGUCAGAGUGAAUCAGAAGACUCAAGUGAGGGUGGAAAUAAGUAUUAUGAAAGAAAGCAUAGCUGACUAGAGCUCUGGGCAGAAGCACUCUGCACAGCAGGGCCCACUUCAUUUGGUUAGGCUAGAAGUUUUGUAAUGCACAGGACUAUCUCAAAGGCAUCGCCUAACCGGCUCUUUCUAUUCUGAAUUAAUAGUCUGCAAAAGAUUGGUCCUAACGCUAAUAAUGUUGAAUGAAGCAGUAAUGUUUUUAGUGGCUUUGACAGAUGAUGGCUCAGUGUUCUAGCAUUAUUGAUGUACAGCGUAUUGGGAAGAGAAUUGGGAAUAUUACAGGCUGUUUGAUGUCCAGCACCUGCUUGGAUUUUAAAAGAUUUAGUCAUGGAAUUGCUCACUUGCUUGACUUCUUUUGAAAAGGCCUGUUCGAGCCUGCAGGUUAUCAAUUAAAAUAUCAGUAUCUCAGUUUGUGAGCUUAAAUAUAACAAUGCGUCUCUUAGUGCACACACAGAUUUUUUGGAAAGCAAGAGACUGAAUUUGCCUGCAUUAGCAUAAAAUUCAUUACUGAGUGAAUGGAAAGCCUUUAUUCCCAUGGGUGUAACUACAAUAAGAAUGAAGUACAAUUUGAAUCAAGGAUAACUUGCUUAUUUUCAAACCUGCUCCAUUAUUCUUUCAUCUGUGGCCCAUGUCCUUACUUGAGGGUGGGGGGAGAGCAGCAGGCAAGAGGUUGUUGUUUUGUAAAUAAUAAUAAAUAAUAAUAAUAAUAAUAAUAAUAAUAAUAGAGAAAUAGCAUUUGCCUUACCUGUUUAAAAUGUAUAUAUUGUUAUUUGUGUCUGUUUCCAAUGCAUUCUAGGUCCAAAAUACACACAUAUCCUUUUUUCUCCAAAAGAUAACAGCACACUAGCUAACAUAAUUGUUGCUUUUCGUUACCACAGAUAGAGAGUAUUGUUCUUUCCACUGUAGUGUGUGCCUUGAAUCUCCUCUUGUAGUCUUCUGAAGACAUUUGGCUUGAUAGCUGAUCUAUGCUAGUAGGACUUCAUUGGGAGGUGAUUCAUAGCUGUCAAGCGUCCCUUAUUUGGCGGGACAGUCCCUUAUCCCAGCGCCAUGUCGCGCUGCUGUCCCUUAUUGAUGAUGUCCCUUAAAUAAGCUACUGAAGGUAAUGGGGCCCUUUCUAUGUCCAGCUGUCCUUUGUCAACAACAAAUUGUUGCUGUAUUUUGUGUUGAAUAUAUACUAUAGUAAUUUAUGGACCUAAUAGGUAUCUAAAGCCAUUUGCACGCAACAAAAUAUGUAUUUUAUCAAAGUAAUUGUUGAUCCCUUAUUUUGGCUGCUGAUCCCUUAUUUUUGAGGCUGUUGGUCUCUUAUUUUCAAAUCUGUAAGUUGACAGCUAUGAGGUGAUUGUGGGAGCUCAUCCCUACACACUGCUGUUCUGUAAUAAAAAACUGGAAAUGGUAAUUCCUAAUAGACAAACGCGCCUGUGUGGCAUUAUUCAUUUUACUUCCACUCUAUUGUUUUUGGUUCCUUAAUAUUGUUGUUGUUUUUUAAAAGUUUUUUUUUUAAAAAAAGAUUUUCUUGUGUUACAAAACAAAAAAAUAAGGAAAAGUAUGUUUAGUGUCUUCACUUUCAAUUCAUGGAGUCUUUUUCACAGUUUGGUGGAUGCAUAGGGCCUUUCUGAAUGUCAGAAGAGGCAGCAGGUGGCAUUGCUGCAGGCUUGAAAUUUUGCUUCUUUAAAGUAGUUAAUCUCUCUGGUGGAAAAUCUUUUCAUGUUGCUUGGCGUUGGAUCACUGCUCUGUAUUGACACAUCUCUGACAGCCUGUUAUCUAUGCCAGACCCUUGCAAAUCAACACUAUUGCAAAGAUGUUUAGAUAGAGAAGCAGAGAAAUGGCUAGGGACAGCAGGUAAUAGAGUGUCCCCUAAUCAUCUAAGAUUAUUCUUGUCAGAGAGGUUUGUUCGUUGAGAGAGCUUAUCAGCAGUUUCUUUCCCUUGGUUCCUUCCCAUUUAGAGCAGUUGUUUUAAGCUAAACAAGGAAAGCGUUUCAGACCUUCCUAAUGAAUCAUCUUGCAUUCCCUUAGGUUGAGUCCAGCUUGGAAAAGAUGUAGAAUAUUGCUUUCUGUGUGAAUUAUGUGCUCUAGUUUCCAGAUAUUAUAAUUUAUAAAGCUUUGCCUAGUGAAAAUGCAAACAAAGCCAUGUCUCCAGGGCAUGCAGAAUAGAAAGUGUUGCACAUUACAAUCAGGCUCUUCUGAAGGUUCGUUUAAUGUCUUGUUGUGCUUUUUUGGGUAGGUGGGGUAGGGAAUUACUUUUGAAAUACAUUAUUCAUGUAAGUAGAUGCAUAGGGAGAAGUUACUGAAUUGUGAUUUCUGUGGGAAAUCUACUGUUGUGAAUUGAUGCGUGCAUUAUUUAUAUCUAUGCAGUAGGUCUUUACUGCAUAAUAGCGGCAUGAAAUCCAAACACAGCAGCCUGUGGAAGGAAGCAGUGAACAAAUUUGCUCUUUCCUGGAAAGGAGCUGAUCCUGUCCCUUUUUAGGUAACCCAAAUCUAUCUCCAGUGCACUAGGCACCUGCUGCUGUUUAAUAAUAAAUUAAUAUUCUGCAAGUUCAGCUAUUGAAAUGAAAAUGCUAGUAGCAGGAAUUCAGCAUGCAGAGCUUCUGACACAAAGAGUGCAAUCAUACACUUACUUGAGAGUAAGUCCUUUUGGAACUUAUCUGAAGGGGGUUGUUCUGUUAAUUAUUUUGGCUUGAGGUAGCGGAUUUGCUUUCUAGUCUCUAAAGAUCCAUUACACAAAUAAUGCUAAGACCAAAAAAAAAAAAAAAAGGUUCUUUUGAGUCUGUGUAAAUGGUUAAUGCAGCACUGGCAACAGGUGGUUCUUAAAUUGUAAAAGGAAGGGCGCCAGGGCUGAAUUCAGCCCAUUAGUUUUAUCCUCUUGCCUGGAAGCCCUAAUCUAAGAGACAGAGGUUGUGGUUACCUUUUAUUUAGCAAUGAGUAAAUGGAGAGUUUCUGGAGUCUGUGUGGAUAUGGUAUGGAGCUAAAUUAUCCAGUGCUUUCUAAACAGCUGCAAAACUGCUCCUAAUGUUGCAUGUACAACUAUAUUUAGUAAAAAUACUAUGAAUUCAAAUAAUUGUAUCUGUAAAAUAGGAAUGCCAGUUACCUGCCUUACUUGAUGUGUUAGUGAAUGUUUAUAUAAUACUCUGCACACCAAAAUGCCAAUUUAGACACCUGUUGCUUGCUUCUUUUCUUUGUAAAACAACCUUCAUAAAAUAAAUGAAAUGCUAGUGGAUUGGAGUAAUGUGUAAAUGGUGAUGCAUUGAUGGCUAUCCCUUCACAUUUAAUUGUGGUGAAAUAUAAAACUGUUGAUGUUUCUUUUCUUUUGGUCAGUCCUUAACAUCUGUUGCAGGUGUAUAAUACAAUUCACUGAAAGUUAGGUUUCCUUAACAAAUCAGAAAUCAGUGGGAUGAGUAUUUUGCUGUGCACUUCAUCGAUUUCAUCAAUUUCAAUGAGUUUUACAUAUGCCUACCUUGUGCUGGAUUGCACUCUGCAUUCAUCCCCUCCUGGUGGUAUUAGGAAGUGCUUCUGUUUUCUGAAUUUUUCUUUCUUUAUGAGGUUCCAAGGAAGCAUUUAAUGUUUGGUGUAUGUAUAUCUGCACCACAGACAAAUAGCAAGUUCCAGUAGGGAUAGAAACAUUUAUCGAAACCAAUAAACUAAUUGAACUACUAUUCCCCUUCCUCCACCUGAAAUAAUUAUUUGUGUACUUGUAGCUUUCUGUAGUCUUUAGGAGCUGGAGGUGAUAAACCUCUGUUGCCUGAACUACGUUAGAGAGGUCAAGGCUCAAUUUUGAAUGCCUAGGUAGUCCUCUUCUUUUUUUAAAAAAAACACCCUCAUUUUAUUUACUUACUUAUUUAUGAAAAUAUUUAUAGACUGCCCACUCGUAUAAAUUUUCAAGCUUGUGCCAAACCAAACCAGAGCUUGCAGGGCAGCAGUUGAAGAAGGAGCAAAAAGGGUUUUCUUGUGUGUGUGUGUGUUUCUUUGUGGCUGAUUAGCUGCUCUCCCUGUGCAAAGGUCAGAGGGGGCAGGGUUUCUGUUGAGGCAGGUGAUUAGCUGUGGGAGGAGCUUAUCAGAGCUUGCAGGGCAGCGGCGCGCGCAGUUUGAUCCAUCUUUUAGAUUUAGGGGAGCUAGUCUCAAACGUUUGUCGGGGAGACCUAGGGUUUUUUUGUGGGGAGUUAUUUGUCCUGUCUUCACGCUUUUUAUGAUGGAGGACCGCUGUAGCCACCCCCAACGACACGUUCUCAAGAUGGAGGGGGAAGGAACAGCUGCAGUCGCCUGCGGUUCCUGCGCAAUGUUUGCCAUCUUGCCAAAGGUUACAGGCAGCUUUACCUGCAGCAAUUGCAUGUUGAUUGCCCUCUUAAAAGACAAAGUCCAGCAACUGGAGGAACGUGUAGCUACGCUCCAAAGAAUUAAAGAGCUGGAGCUCUUCUUGGAAGCAACAGAGCACACCGUCUCCACCAAGGAGGAGACAGGGGACUCCCCUGAGAAGGAGGCUAGUUCACCAACACAGGAGCCAGAUAUAUGGAGAAACGUGACUCAAAGAAGUAGGAGGCCCAGGGUUCGCUCUGAUUGUUUAGAAAUACACAAUCGCUUUGAGGUCCUCUCCCCUAGCAUGGAAGACGAAGAGCAGACUCCAUUUGAGGAUCUCUCCUCAUUACAGUCGAUCAGGUAUAUGAAGACGAGCAGCAAAGUCAGUCCUCAGGGAAUGUGCAGGCGACCUUGGAACGGACAGCUCACGGAAGAACCCCGACCAAACCUAAGAGGAGGCGUGUAGUGGUGAUAGGGGAUUCCCUACUGAGGGGAACAGAAGCAGUGAUCUCUGGGCCUGACAAGAUGUCUCGGGAAGUGUGCUGUCUCCCCGGGGCUAAGAUCCAAGAUGUAACUGAAUGACUGCAAGGAAUCAUAAAACCCACUGACAAAUACCCCUCCUCUUGGUUCAUGUGGGAACCAAUGACACUGCAAGCAAUAGCCUCCAGAAGAUCAAAAGAGACUACGAGGCUCUGGGCAGGAAAUUGAAGCAAUUAAAUGCACAAAUUGUCAUCUCAUCUGUCCUCCCAGUUGAACGACGUGGCCCAGGGAGAGAGGGAAAAAUAGUGGAAGUGAACAGCUGGCUUCGCAAAUGGUGUAAACAAGAACGGUUUGGAUUCUUAGAUCACGGACUGCAGUUUCUUGAAGAUGGACUUCUGGCAAGCGAUGGGCUGCACCUCACAACGGUUGGGAGAAAUGUUUUGCCAAAAAUCUCAGAAACCUCAUCAGGAGGGCUUUAAACUGACUAAUGUGGGGAGGGAGACAGUGCUCCUGAAGGUAGGAGUCUAUCAAUUGAUGAAGAUGAUCAUCCAAAUGUCAUAGACCAAAUGGAGCAAACAGCACGCAGACCUAGUGGUGGGAGGAAAAAUCCUUAAAUAAGAGACACGGGGAAUGAUUAAUGGACUUCAAUGUCUGUACACUAAUGCGCAAAGCAUGGGAAAUAAACAAGAUGAGCUUGAGCUCUUGGUACAGCAAACUAAAUAUGACAUAAUAGGCAUCACUGAAACCUGGUGGGAUAAGUCCCACGAUUAGAAUGUAAUAAUGGAGGGAUACAAUCUAUUUCAGAGAAACAGACCAGACAAGAAAGGAGGAGGAGUGGCGUUAUAUGUCAGGGAUGUGUAUACCUGUGAAGAGAUCCAAGAUUUAGAACCUCAAAGCCAAAGUGAGAGCAUUUGGGUCAAAAUUAAGGGAGAGAAGAAUAACAGUGACCUCAUUGUGGGCGUUUACUAUAGAUCCCCAAGCCAAACGGAGGACAUAGAUGAUGCCUUCCUGGAACAGAUGGCCAAGCAUGCAAAAGGAAGGGAGAUAGUAGUAAUGGGGACUUCAAUUACCCGGAUAUUUGUUGGAUGUCAAACUCAGCGAAGAGCAUAAGGUCAAACAGAUUCCUCACUGGCCUUGCAGACAACUUCAUUGUCCAGAAAGUGGGAGAAGCAACAAGAGGAACAGCCAUUUUAGAUCUGGUCCUAACCAAUGUUGAUGACCUGGUUAGUGGGGUAGAAGUGGAAGGAUCAUUAGGCGCAAGUGAUCAUGCUCUUCUGAAGUUUACUAUUCAGCGGAAAGGAGCAGCCAAGCAUACUAGGACUCAAUUUCUUGACUUUAAGAAAGCCGACUUCAUAAAACUUAGGGAAGUGCUAGGUGAGAUCCCAUGGACAGUAAUACUAAAAGGAAAGGGAGUUCAUGAUGGCUGGGAGUUUGUUAAGAGGGAGAUAGUAAAAGCACAACGUCAAUGAGACGGAAACAUGGAAGGUGCCUAAAGAAGCCAGGGUGGCUAUCUAAAGAACUUUUAACUGAGUUAAGAUUAAAAAAGGAUGUGUACAAAAAAUGGAAAAGGGGGAAACCACCAAAGAGGAAUUCAAACAAAUAGCCAGCACGUGUAGACACAAAGUCAGAAAAGCUAAAGCACAGAAUGAACUCAGGCUUGCUAGAGAGGUUAAAAGCAACAAACAAGGCUUUUAUGGGUAUGUUCGUAGCAAAAGGAAGAACAAAGAAACAGUGGGGUCACUCAGAGGAGAAGAUGGUGAAAUGCAAACAGGGGACACAGAAAGGGCUGAACUCCUCAAUGCCUUCUUUGCCUCAGUCUUCUCCGAUAAAGAAAACAAUGCCCGACCUGAAGAAUUUGGAGCAAAUGAUUCAGCAAAGGAAACACAGCCCAGAAUAACUAAGGAGAUAAUACAAGAAUACUUGGCUAGUUUAGAUGUAUUCAAGUCUCCAGGGCCAGAUGAACUGCAUCCAAGAGUAUUAAAAGAACUGGCAGAUGUGAUCUCAGAACCACUGGCAGUCAUUUUGAGAAUUCCUGGAGAACAGGCGAAGUCCCGGCAGACUGGAGGAGGGCAAAUGUUGUCCCUAUUUUCAAAAAGGGGAAAAGAGAGGACCCAAAUAAUUACCGCCCAGUCAGUCUGACAUCAAUACCAGGGAAGAUUCUGGAGCAGAUCAUUAAGCAAACAGUCUGUGAGCCCCUAGAAAGGAAUGCUGUGAUCACCAAUAGUCAGCAUGGAUUUCUGAAAAAUAAGUCAUGUCAGACUAACCUGAUCUCGUUUUUUUGACAGAAUUACAAGCCUGGUAGAUGAAGGGAACGCAGUGGAUGUAGCCUACCUUGAUUUCAGCAGGGCAUUUGACAAGGUGCCCCAUGAUAUUCUUGUAAAGAAGCUGGUAAAAUGCGGUCUUGACUAUGCUACCACUCAGUGGAUUUGUAACUGGCUGACUGACCGAACCCAAAGGGUGCUCAUCAAUGGUUCCUCUUCAUCCUGGAGAAGAGUGACUAGUGGGGUGCCACAGGGUUCUGUCUUGGGCCCGGUCUUAUUCAACAUCUUUAUCAACGACUUGGAUGAUGGACUCAAGGGCAUCCUGAUCAAAUUUGCAGAUGACACCAAACUGGGAGGGUGGCUAGCACCCCAGAGGACAGGAUCACACUUCAAAACGACCUUGACAGAUUAGAGAACUGGGCAAAAACAAACAAGAUGAAUUUUAACAGGGAGAAAUGUAGAGUAUUGCACUUGGGCAAAAAAAUGAGAGGCACAAAUACAAGAUGGGUGACACCUGGCUUGAGAGCAGUACAUGUGAAAAGGAUCUAGGAGUCUUGGUUGACCACAAACUUGACAUGAGCCAACAGUGUGACGCGGUAGCUAAAAAAGCCAAUGCAAUUCUGGGCUGCAUCAAUAGGAGUAUAACAUCUAGAUCAAGGGAAGUAAUAGUGCCACUGUAUUCUGCUCUUGUCAGACCUCACCUGGAGUACUGUGUUCAGUUCUGGGCACCACAGUUCAAGAAGGACACCGACAAACUGGAACGUGUCCAGAGGAGGGCAACCAAAAUGGUCAAAGGCCUGGAAACGAUGCCUUAUGAGGAACGGCUAAGGGAGCUGGGCAUGUUUAGCCUGGAGAAGAGGAGGUUAAGGGGUGAUAUGAUAGCCAUGUUCAAAUAUAUAAAAGGAUGUCACAUAGAGGAGGGAGAAAGGUUGUUUUCUGCUGCUCCAGAGAAGCGGACACGGAGCAAUGGAUCCAAACUACAAGAAAGAAGAUUCCACCUAAACAUUAGGAAGAACUUCCUGACAGUAAGAGCUGUUCGACAGUGGAAUUUGCUGCCAAGGAGUGUGGUGGAGUCUCCUUCUUUGGAGGUCUUUAAGCAGAGGCUUGACAACCAUAUGUCAGGAGUGCUCUGAUGGUGUUUCCUGCUUGGCAGGGGGUUGGACUUGAUGGCCCUUGUGGUCUCUUCCAACUCUAUGAUUCUAUGAUUCUAUGAUUCUAUAUACAUAGGUGCAAUAAAACACAAGAUACCACAAAACCAUUUCAAAAUAAUCAUUAUAAUGACUGGGAGAAUAGAGGUAGAAAUUGCUCUGUAGUCUGCUGGGUUGUGUCUUGUUAGUUUUAUUGCCCUGGUAUGAAAAUUAUAAUUCCCAUUGCACAGGGCUCAGGCUUGUAGUUUGCUAAUAUAUUGGUUUGUAAAUGGCAUAAAUAAAGGGAUGUGCACAAGCUUGUUUUUGUAUUGAGAUUGCAUGCAAUCAGAUGUCAAGGAUAUAAGCAAUUAUCUUACUUUUAAAAGACAUCUGAAGGCAGCCCUGUUUAGGGAAGUUUUUAAUGUUUAAUGCUGUACUGUGUUUUUAAUAUUCGGUUGGGAGCUGUCCAGAGUGGCUGGGGAAACCCAGCCAGAUGGGCGGGGUAUAAAUUCUGAUUCUGAUUCUGAUUAUCAUCCAACAUUGCAUUCAGUUUAUAUUUAUUGAUGUCGGUCAUGCAAUGUUGUAUCUCACUCAUCCUCACAUAUGUUUGUUCUUUUUGUGUCCAAGUUUGUCCACUACCUCCUAUGGUGACUCAUGGAGAUUACAUUUGCCACCCGCGGCCUUGCGAGCAUUACAACCAUGGGACUGUGGUUGAGUUCUAUUGUGAUCCUGGCUACACUCUCACCAAUGAUUACAAAUAUAUCACCUGCCAGUAUGGAGAAUGGUUUCCGUCAUAUCAAGUAUACUGUGUCAAAACAGGUAAUAAACAACAACUUGAGAACCUGACCUGUACAUGAAAGUUUAGACCAGGGUAGUCAACCUUUUUAUACCUACCACCCACUAAUGUAUCUUUCUUGAUGGUAAAAUUUCCUUACCUCCCACCAGUGCUCGAUGGAAGGAGGAUUCAGCUUGUGCGGUAGAACCCCCCACUAGUGGGCGGUAGUGACCAGGUUGACAACCCCUGGUUUAGACAGUAAACAUUCAGGCAAAUAGAAGUGGAAAGGUGGGGUCCCCUAUUUAACAGUGCACAGUCUUACCAAUGUAACAUUUUUUUUGGGCUUUGGUUGUUGUUAUAUUGAUGCGUUUAUAUGCAGAUAAUUUUUAAAGGACAUAUUAUAUAUACACAGUACUCCAGGUGUGGUCUGACCAAGGCAGAAUAGAACACAACUGUUACUUCCCUUGGUUGGCACACUAUACUUCUAUUGAUGCAACCCAGAUUAGCAUUGCCAUUUUUCUUUGCUCUUGCAUCACACUGUUGACUCAUCUUAAGCUGGUGGUAUACUAAGACCCCUAGAUCCUUUUCACAUGUUCCACUGGCAAUCCAAGUGUCCCCCAUCUUAUAUGGGCUGGUUCUUCCUGCGUGAAUGUAGAACCUGACAUUUAUCACUAUUGAAAUUCAUUUUGUUAGUUUGGGCCCAGUUCUCCAAUCUCUUAAGGUUAUAUUGAAUCCCGAUUCUGUUUUCUGAGGCAUUAGCUACCCCUCCCAGUUUUGUGUCAUCUGCAUGAUUGUAAAGUAUUUGGGCCCUGAUUCUUUAUGGCUCUAAUGAAAAGUAAGUAUUCAACCAUUAUUACCUAACAUGGCACUUCUUCAUUAUCAUUUGUGCCACAGAACAAACUUGGCCAAAUACACAGGAAACUCUCCUGACAACAUGGAAGAUUGUGGCAUUCACUGCUACCAGUGUUCUUCUGGUGCUUCUGUUAGUUAUCCUUGCCAGAAUGUUCCAGACCAAAUUUAAGGCACGCUUUCUUCCAAGGUUAGUAACACUUUUCUCUUAUGUUCUCCUCCUUCCCCUUCUCCCAGUAGUUGGCAGUAUGGUACAGUAUUUAAUCCUUACUUGAUUUUACUGCACUAUAUUCUUUUUUAAGAAAUAUUGUGAACCACUGUCUUAUAUGUAUCAUCAAGGGUGGUAAACAAAAGCCCUGAAUGAACAAGCAAAUCAAUAAUGUACUUUCAACCCUCUUAUCUUAAACUAGGGUGGCUGCCAGCGGUGGCUCCCUGUUUGUGGAAUGCUCUCCCCAGGGAAAUUCUCCUGGCACCAUCAUUAUGUAUCUGUAGGUAAAAACCUUCAUCUAUGACCAGGCCUUUGGCCUUUAACUAUCUGUGACCUUUUAGAAGUGGGUGGGAUGUUCUUAAAGUAUUUCUCUUUCCUCUUGGUUUUAAUGUAUUCAUGUGGGAUUUAUUGUCUAUUUGUUUAGUUGCAGGUCGCUUUGGGUUGCCCUGGGCAAAAUAAAGCAACUGACAAAUUUAAUAAAAGUAAAUAAAGUUGCUAUUCGCAAUUGAUGUGUCCGUCGCCUUAAUGCACAAUACAGAUGCUGUAUACCAUGAAAGUUAGCUGAGAUUUUCUCACUGCCAACCUUGGAUUUCCCAGCCUAACUUGUGAUUCUGGGAAUCUUAAUGUAGGCUGACGUUCACAGUGCAGAAUGAGGAAUAAGAGAGUUCCUUAUCUUUGCCACCCAGCUGCUUGCUUUCCUUCUCCCACCUCUUCCCUGGUUUGCUGGAGCUAUUUAGCUUAUUGUGACAAAUUGCACAUGGCUAUCGGUCUGAACAGAUACCUUGGCAUAUUUGAAGUAAAUAUUAAUGAUGCAUUGCCUCAAUUUCAGGUUAUUAAAAACUUUCUAAGUGGUGAACCUCAUAUGUUGCUGGAAGAUGAUAUUCUGCCAUUCACACUCUCUCAGGCACACACUCAUGCACACUCUUUCUCUCCUUCCAAUAUAGAGGAGCUCAGGAGAAUUGCAGCAGUGGCCCUGACUUCGUGGUGGUGGACGGUGUUCCUGUGAUGCUACCUUCCUACGAUGAAGCUGUGAGCAGUGGAUUGAAUGCCUUGGCACCUGGUUGUGUGUCCCCUGCUGGCCAGGGGUAUGUUUUACAGGCUGAUGAUCAGAACCCUCCAGCUUAUCCGGGGCCAGAUGACUUGGGCAGGUUGCCAGCGGAAUUUGAUACCUGUGACAGCAUUUCAGGCUCUUCGGAACUUCUUCAAAGUUUGUACACAUCUUCUGUGUGUCAAGUGGGAGCACAUCCUAUCUCAGAGAGAACUGAUGCUAUCAAUAGCACCACCGGGGAAGUAGCAUCAACCAGCCCAAGCAUUGACAUUGCAGAUGGUAAUUUUGAUUUUUGAACAUUAUGUGAGCUUGUUUUAGUGUCAGAGGGUUUUUUCCCCCAUAUGAAGAAGCCAUGAGAUUGUGCUUUGGAGAAGGAACCUAACUGCAUAUUGGGUCUUUCUUUCUGUUCCAGCCUAUGUCUCUUUUGCUUCUGACCUUUUUUUUAAAAAAAACCACAACAACAGCAGCAGCAAAUUCUUUACAACUCAAAGUUUCACCACCACCUUGCAUCAGAUUCUACCAAGGAUUUGUGCCUAAAAAUUCCUUUAUGGCAGGAGAGGGUUAACGUGUUCCCCACUGCAAACGACUGAACAUUUGCUGGAGGUCAGCUUAGCUAGUUUUCUUGGGUACAUGGCACAUCUUUAAAAACAUGUGGAGUUAUAGUCUGGGCCUGGAGUAUGAGAGUAGCCCAAAAUGCCCUGUUUCAUCAGCCUAUGCCCUAGUUCUUUUUUUCUUGGUGUUUCUUUUUUUUUAUAGUAAUGAGCGCACACACUACAUUACAGUAAAAUUCAACAUAGUAUCUACCUAGUCUUUUGUUACUCUGUCAGAAAGUCCAAUCCAAUUACCUUGUUGUAAUAUUGAUUUUUCUCAACAUCCAGCUGUGUAUUUCAAUGAGCUAUGUAUAGUUUACUGUGGUUUGUGUAAUGCUCAAAGUCAGAGUCAGUGGCAAACUGGUGUUAGCGGCAGAUUUUCAUGGUCACCUACUCUAAUGAAGACACACGCUAAGUCAUCUUUUAUGCUGAGAACAAAUAAUAAUAGUAAUGAUCAGAACGAUAAUUAUUAUUAUCAGAAUGAUAAUAAUUUCAUUAUUUAUACCUCGCCCAUCUGGCUGGGUUUCCCCAGCUAGUAAGAUCACGCUUAGGAUGCAACAUUAUUGAACAGGUUCCACAGCCAAUGUGAUUUUUGGCCAUCUUUAAAAUUUGGCUUGCUGAAGGUUUCAUGGCCUCUUAUUCCUCUGCGCAUUGAACUGCUUCAUGAAACAUACUAAUUAAAUGACUCCAAAUUAGUCAUGAAUGUGUGCCAGGCUUCAAGCACACAAGCUGAAUGGGGGUGGGGAAUUGAAACAUCAUUUAAUUCUCAUUCUGAAAACUAGCCUGGCCUAAGAAGGAAUAAUCAGAGGACUACUUCACUGCACAGCCACCUGCAAAGUGCUUUGAACAAUUAGCCUGAUUUGUAUGCGGCCACUUAGCAUACUUUGUAAUUGCACCAGGUCGCUAUGUAGUAAAGUAAAAGAAAAAAAUGGGUUGUCUGACUCAAUGCAUAAAGUGCCUUAACCUCUUAGCAACAGUGGCCCUGUUAAUGGCAUGUUACAGCAAAAUAACAUUUCAGGUCCUCCCUUCACAGAGUUCACUAUUAAAACCCAAUUAACUCUUUCUUUUAUUUUCUAGAAAUUCCAUUGAUGGAUGAAGACCCUUAAUCUGCACAAAUCUUGAUCAUUACCUGCUCACACCUCUUGGGGGGAGGAGGGCGUAAAAGAAUCAUGCACAUAUGUAUACAAACAUACCUAUAUAUCUAUAUAAAUCUCUAUAUAAAGACUGACUAAAUAUUGGGGGAGGGCAUUUUCGGUUUUUAUAAAUCUUCCACAUUAUGAUGUCACCAGAUUUUUUUGUGCACAUAUCUUAAUCAACUUUGGGGGUUGAGAGCAUCAGCUAUUCAACGGCAGCUUUACAAAAAUGAAUCCUGAGGAUUUGAUGAGACUAGUCACUGCAAAAGAACUAUAGAUUUAUGGAAUAGUGAUGAGUGUAUCUGCAUCGCAGGAAGUCUUAACUGCUCUUUAGAAACACCAGUGAAAGUGGUUUGUGGCACAGGUACAAACUGCCUAAAGAAAGCAUGUCAGAUUAUGUAAAUUUUGCUUUAUUGAAGCUGCUAAAUAUUUAUGAUGGACCACAAUUUACAAAGGAAUCCUAAUUUAUGGGGUGCGGGGAAAUAAACAGUGUUGAAAUUAAAAUUGGGAAAAGGUCCUGAAUGGUCUGUUUUAACCAUGCUUGUAGAGAGAAACUCUUGUGGUGAUGUCAUUUAAAGAGGCGGCUGCAGCAACAAAGCACCUGAGUUCAAGAAAGAACUUAUUCUGGGUAAAUGUAUAAUAAAAGGAAAGAAGAGGCUUGA